AUGUCCGCACACCCCACAGAAGAGCUGGUCCAGCAGUGGGAGAGGUCAGAGUGAUAUUUUUAUGUUUCCAUACCUUAAUCGAUACAGAGGACGAAAAUACAGCACAGUACAACAACAGUUCAUUCAUUUCUCCUCAAGUUUCCAUCAACUUCUUAAGCUUUCCGUUUUUCGCCUUCAGUUUUUGAAAAACUUUGUGACAGAGUUUCGUAUUGUGCUGAAAAAUUGUGCUGUUACACAGAUUCACGAGUUCGUGUUACUCUGUCAGCAGCCAGAGUUCUGUGCAUAAGAGCCAGCCUCACUCAGCAGAUCUGAUUUGUGUUUGUGAUGACAACAAAGCCAGUUGUGGCACCAGGGUUCAAUAUUAUGUAACACAGGCCAAAGAUCGUGUCGAUCAACAAAGACAACGCUGAUGACAUUUAUAAAGUGGUUCAUAGUUCGCUGUGGUCCUGAAUAGAUUGAAUAGAUAUCAUUUGGUUCACCUCUGAUAGAUGGGAUUGUUGGUUUGACAAAACAAAAGUCGUGGGGUGUCACCUGUCUGACAUUUGACAGCCAAAACUACUUAGAAAACCUCUUAAGUGACAGGCAGCCAAAGGAGCUGUAUUUCAAUCAGCUAGUCUGUUACAGUUUUUGUCAGUCACUUUGGUGCAUUUCCCCCCAACAAUUAGUACAAACUGCAAAAACUAGUGAAUAACCUGCAAAAGCACGUCACUUGCUCAAAAUGAGUAGUUGAUUCCUCAAAAGCAAGUAUUCAUGUCAAUGAAAGUGUCUGUGUUGUCAAAAUAAUUAGUCCUGACACCAUUGUUUAUGAACAAGACAGUCAAAUGGCUUUGUCAUGUUUUCAUUGUGACACUUUACGCUCCCUGUGUUUUUCAAUGCAAAAAAAGUCUAAUCUUGGUGACACUACAUGAAAAUGCUCAAGACAGCACUGUACACUACCUGUACAGCCAUUUGAAAACUAAAGUAAAGUUACAAAUUACUGCAUUUAGUGAGGUAACUGAGUACAAGACGUGUAUGUUUUACAUGUUUACUGCAUAUGCUCUUUGCAAUUCUACAGCAUUGUGAAGAAAAAAAAAUACAGUCACUUAUGUAGAACAAACAUAAGAAAUACCAUUUUGGUAGAACUGUGCACAAAUGUUAACAGUAUGACUGUACAUAUAACUGUAAACAAUGCUGACCUUCCAUUUUUGUGUUACAGAAUUGUAGAAAUGGUACACACUGGUUUAGGAGACAUUUUCAGGAAAAAAAAAAUGAUUAAGAAAUUUAGUAAAUUGUCUUAACAGAUUUUGAGAACUACUUCAACUAUUUUGUAUGUAAUGACUCAAGCAAUGAAAUGAGGACUAUUAGUUUUAUGGGGGAUGACUAUUUAGCAUUUAAAAGUAUAGUUCAUUUUGACUGACAUGUCAUAAACAAAUGAUAAUGUUAUAAAACAGCAGAGAAUUGUAUGAAAGUAACUGAUACAUGUCCAAGAGCAUUUGCAAUUUGUUCAGAGGAAUGAGAAACUGCUAUGAUGAUGUGCACAAAUGACUCAAUGUUGUGGAGGUUGAACUAAUAGUUGUGAGAACUUUCAUUCGGAUCUGAGAAAUGCAGCAAGGUGACUGAGAAAAGAAGAAAGAAAAAAGCACUUGCUGGCAACAUACAACAAUGGUGUUGUAGGCCUUCAUUACAAUAUUUAACAACUGGUAUUAAAUGAAAGUGUUAAGUUGAAAGAUUGGAGAUGAAACAAUAGGGAAAGGUUUAGGAGGCCCUACUUCAAGUAAUACUAUGAAAAUAAUUUUAACAAAUCUUGUCAUGUUUGAUGUGCAUGUGUUAUUUUUUGUCUGCUGAAGACCAUGAAAAUAUUACAGAUCUCUCAUGUAACAUAACCUGGGCUGAAAGCUCUCACAUAUAUACAAGUAGCUGUAACAGAGCACUAAAAAAAAAAAGAAAGAACAGAUAAGCUGAUGUCUAAAUUCAGUACAAGUAUUUAAAUUCAAAGGACGGAUGUUGGUAAAAGCAGUUGUCUAAAGUUGUGUCAGUGUUUAAUGAUCGUGUUUAGGUGUCAGCCUCCUGUUUUUGCCUUCUGUCAGUCUUCGCUUUUGUGUUUCUGUGCAGUGAGCAGGCGCGUCUCAGGCAGCAGGUGGUGGAGGAGGACACUGAGUAUUGGCAGAAGAGUCCAGACUUCUCCGGUCUGGAGCGAGUCGGAGGGGUGGACCUGUCCUUCAUCAAAGGGGAUGACAUUAACGCCUGCGCUCAGCUGGUGGUGCUUAGCUACCCUGACCUGGAGGUGAGCUGUCCCCCUAACCCUUCGCACCCAGCAGUACAGACAAACUAAAAACUGUGUGAGCUGUUGCCCUCUGGUGGUGCCAGAGUGGAACAGCAGCAAUGUUGAUGGAAAAAAAGGUGUAGCAGUGCACCAUCACUUACAUAACACAAAUCUGUGAUCUUUUUGUGUCCAGGAUAAAGCACGCUCACAUCAGAGAUGAGAGAGAUCAACACAUAUUUAUCAUUUUAAACAAUUGUCAUGUCUUAUGUAUCAUGGUAGGAUUUUCCCUGGUUUACUGUCCUUUAUUCAGAUCGUUGAAAAUAAGGUCAGCUAUUAAAAAGCCAACUAAAUCACUUUGAAUUUUAUUAUUUUAUUGUAUUGAUUUUAGAUUAAUUUAAGUUCCUAACCUUGUCUUUCUGUAGCUUGGUUUUGUGCUGUGUUAAAACUGCUGCCUGUUGAAGCUGAAUGUGGAGAUCAGUGAGACUGAAACAGAUCCUUAAAUUAUGGCAGCAAAACCAAAGCAAAUAGGUUUAAGAUUGAAAGGCUCUGAUUAGUUUAAGUAAGACUGUAGUGUCUGGUGUUUUUCUUUCAGUUCAUCCCAAUCAGCAAGACUUUGAAAAAUGCCUCAUCAAUUAAUUUCUCCUCUGAUAAUAAGUUUGAAGUUAAUCACCUUUAAAGCUCUGCUGGGAAGUUUUAAGCUUGGUUGUAGUCACAUCAAAAUAUAUAUUUUUUUCUUUUUGCUGUUUGUGGUUAUGGUAUUAUAUCUGGACUGGGAUGUAACUUCCCCUACCAGCCCCAUCCCCUUCCCUUCUCCACUCUUAGUUCUUGCUGAAACAGAUUACAACAGCAGGUGAGGGAGGCCCGUUUGUAUAAAUGUAUCUUGGUGGGUUUUAGGGCCCGACCGCUAUGGAUUUUUUGGGGCCGAUGCUGAUACCGAUUAUUAGGGAGGGAAAAAAUCUGAUUACCGAUCAAUCGGCCGAUUUUUUAAAUUUUUUAUGAAGUUAUAAAAAUAUACUGUAGAUAUCUACAGUAUACUAUAUAAUGUAGAUAUACUGUAGGCUACUGCUCUUAACGCUGACAGGAAGUCAGCGUUAAGACUGUUACUGGCACGGCUAACAGUGUAGCAAGGCUAAUAGCAGAUGGCUAAUUCUAACUUUAGCUUGCUUUGUACAUGGUGCUUCACCGUUAACUCGGCGUGACCGAGACCAGCACAACGGAGAACAUCGUGAAGUGGGUUGAACUUAAACUUGUUGACUUAUCGUGUAUUUCACAAACUGGUUUAUUUACAGUUGAGGCGGACCACUCUCCUCCUCCGUCCCUGCAGUUGCCUGCUUCAGAUCCGCCACUCUGCUGUGCUGUGAGGUAGUUAGUGGAUGAAGAUUGUCAUGAGGUCGCUGUGCCAUCUACAGGAUAAGUCGGGGAACUUUUUAAAUAGCGGAACACUUUCGGAGUACAACCGAAUCUUAGGCUACAUUCACACUGCAGGUUAUGAUCCACAAUUCAGAUUUUCGUUAAAUCCGAUCUUUUUGUGCGGUCAUUUACAACAACGAAUGCAGCAUCUAAUGUGAACAAAAUGCAUCUAUGAAGUGAUCCACAUGCGCACAAAGCACUAAUUGCUUUCCACGCCUGUUUGUGUUGUCGAACAAUGGUGACGUUUGUCGCACAUUGAUGACGUAUAGAUCGGAUGAACGCGACAUGAGCGUCCACACUGCAGUCACAUCGGAUACAUAUCCGAUUAAUAUCCACAUACAAAAGAGGCCUGGGUCGGAUUUGAAAAAAUCAGAAUUGCACUGUUUACACUUGCAUAUAAAAAAAAAUCAGAUAUGUGUCACAUAUGGUUAAAAAAUCGGAAUUGACCUGCAGUGUGAACAUAGCCUUAUUCUCCGCAUUUUAUUUCUGAAAAUAUCGGCGAAAAAUGGGCGAGUUUUGGCCGAUUACUGAUUAGUCUCAAACAGGCUAAAAUUGGCUGAUUUAAUCGGCUCGCCGAUAAACAAGUUGAGCCCUAGUGGUUUUGCAGGGAAUCUCUGGUUGAGGUUCAUAGAACUGUUGGUAGGGAUGUCCCCAUAUGAGAUUAAUAUUGGAUAUCAGUCCGAUGUUAGCAAAAAUCUGCCUGUAUUUAAAAUCUCCAAUAUCAGCACCAUGAUACAAGCAGUCCGUUCCAGACUCCUGUCUGGCACCUCUAUCCAGCAUGCAGAGCCCAAGUAAUCAUAACAACAGUGUGUACUAAGGUACUAACAAAGUAGCAAUGAGUAGGAGUGAUGUCGGCCACGUGGCAGUGUUUUAUGUUUUCCGAAAAAGAUGUUGCAGCUAAGUGCAAAACUUGUCAAGCACAAAUUUGUGCCAACAACAGAUUAAUAUAGGUAUCGGCCAAUACUGAAGGCUACAGUAUCGGUAUCAUAAGUAAAAAAGUUGUAUCGGGACACCCCUAAUUGUUGGUGAUAUGUUAAAAUCCCCAGAUUACCGAGGAUGGAGGAUACAAGAAAUAUCUUCCCGAAUGAAAAGAGUGUGAAACUCAUUGAUUCCCAAUUCACUAAUGUUAAUUGUGCAGAGACUGAAGAACAGCAUCCUUCAUUUUGGGUCAAUCACACAGUUGUAAGAACAGUCACUCAUCAGCAAUCAGCUGCUGUGGCAGAAAACAUCCCUGAGAAUGACUAUAUUUCAAGCACAUUUGAAGUUUCAAGUUCGACCCUUGUUCUACCUGUUAACAUGGAGGAGGCAGGCUUUAAGCCGCGUUCAGACCAGCCGCGACCUGACGCGACUUGGCGACGGCUCCCAAUGCAAAGUCUAUGGCCAGCCGCGACCUGACGCGACUUGGCGACCGCCGGCUUCCUGCGACGCGACCAUGCGCGACCGGGCGACCGGUCGCCAAGGCGCGUCCCCGAGGUCGCGUCGCCGAGGUCGCAGGACGCCAAGUCGCGUCGCUCCCAAAGUUCAAAUAUUUGAACUUUGGGAGCGACUUCGUGCCGCGACAGCCAAUCAGGGCUCUGCUGACGUCAACAAACCGGCGAAACAAGGAAGAGGAGAAGAAGAAUCACAAUGGAGGAGCAGUUAAUCACAUCCGUUAGCUACCACCCAGCUAACUGCCCCUGCUUGCUAGGCUACAUGUUUCAACGUAUGUGUGUGUGUGUCUUUGCAGUGGAUGUGUGCCGCAAGCGGUGGAAGGGGCUUAGAGACGUUUAUAUGAGGGACAGACAGAUAGACAGGCGCUCCGAAGCUGAGAUGGAGCGCCUGUAUUUCGUGUCCAGGCGGGAGAUGCUGCUUCCCACCUGGGCGAGGAGGUCCUCGAACUGCGCCGUCGACACACGGAAAUACCGCUGGAAGCGGCCGUCGUCCAGGCGGAGUUCCUGGAGCAAGCGGUGAAAUUCACCCAGCUCCGUCCUCCUCCGGAUGGUUUCAUGCACCCAUAAACGCCGGCGGCGUCUACUGCGGAUGUACAGAUAUGCGGCAGCACUGAUGAACUGAAAACUGAGCUAGUGACAUGGAUGACGUCACCGGCGACCAGCCGCGACCUGCGACUGCAACUUUGGACCCGGUGUGAACACACCAGAGCACCACGCGACGCGACCUGACCGACCAACGCGACGCGACGCGACCUGGUCGCGUUUGGUCUGAACGCGGCUUUAGGACCUGUACUGUACUGCAGCCAGUCUCCAGGGAGAAUUCUACAAGACUUGGCUCCACUGUGGAAGAGCUGGGAGAUGCCAUCUAUGUUUUAUACAUGGCUAUACAAGGUCUGUUUAAUGAUGUUGAUUCAUUAUAAACCACAGUUUUCUGAUCAGUUAACCUCAGCUCUCUCUCAGAUGGUUAAUGGAUGCUAUUCAAUAAGAUGAUCCAGCUCCAGCUUGAUUCCACUUUAAUUCACAGUUCUUAAAGUGACCUUGGCACAAUAAUUUUCUCUUUAUUUCCUUUUUAUGCAGCUUUCACAAGUAAUCCCCCUUCCUUAUAUUUAUCUGUGCAAUAACACAAGCUGCCGGCAACUUCUUAUCACACACCCCAUUAAAAUCAAUAAUAUUUGAUCACAGCAUGGUGUUGAUGCAUGGACCUGAUAAGGCAAAUGAAGUGCUGUCCACUAAUGGGAUAAUGUUCUCUACAUGCUUUCAAUUUACUCUCAGCACUUUCACUGACAAAGGCACCUACCGAGGCACAAAGUGAUAAAGAAAAUUUGAUGCACAGAGCGUAAAUGUAUGUUUCAGCUUGAACUUUAAUAGGCUGAUUUCAAACAUGAGCUCGCUCAACACACUUUGGCCAAAUGGUGUUUGCAGCAGGUGUUGUGUUACAGUAUCUGGAGCCCUGGAAUUAUUAACUGCUCUAAUACUAGAGAUGUGAGGUUCACGAACGAGUCAGUCGUUUGAACUUGCUGUUUUAAGUGAAUGAUGAGAACCGGUUUGAGUUUUUGAGGUGAGGGUGAAAUUCAAAAUAAUGAUCUCACUGUCAAAGCAUGGGGAUGUGGAUCCACCAUAUGAAAUGUUUACUAAGAAAGCGCAAGCCAAAUGAAAUUAUAACAAUAUUUCUGAUUAUUUUCCACCAAAAGAGUAUAUAUUGGUGGGCUGUGUAGCCCUGCUUGAUUUCUAAAAAUAAAGUAAAUAUAACACCGAGCCAUUCUUUUCAAUGGCUCUUUGAAAAGAACGGCUCCUCAAGAUCCGGCUCCUGUCAAAGAGCCAUAAAUCCCAUCUCUAGCCGAUACAUGUGUUGUCUGUUUAAGGCUCCUGAGACGUGCUGAAUCUGCACAGACUAGUUAGAGGGAUUUCAUGAGAGAAAGAAGUGUAGCUGUGGUUUGCUUUGGGAGAAAUGCAUAAACACUGUCAGCUAGAGAAAAAAAGUUUAACAGAAUUUCAAGCAGAGCAAAGUCUUUGGUAAUUAGAGGAAAACACAUUAUGAAUCCAAAAAGAGUUCAAUCUAAACAUUUCCGCUCAGAGACUCUGUUUGACUUUAGAUUUGAGGUAUUAAUCCAUGAUUUUGGAUUUGAUUGAUCAAAGCAAACUUCUUUUUCCAGCAACUUUUGCCCCAGGAAACCUCUGAGACUUUCUUUUCGGUGUGUGCAACUCAACAGCUCUGUGCUUUCCUGACAACUGUUGGGGUUUAACCAGGUCUGACAGCUAUAGCUUUCGUUGCUUGAGAGAAAUAUGGUUGAUUCAGUUCAAACCUCAUUGAUCUAAAUCUAACUGAGCUUCAUGGUCUUUUUUUUUUUUUUUUUUAACUUACAGGGGUUAUGAAAAAGUGUUCAGCCCCUUCCUGAUUUCUUAUUUUUUGCAUGUUUGUCACACUUAAAUGUUUCAGAUCUAACAACUGUAAAUAUUAGUCAAAGACAACACAAGUGAACACAAAAUGCAGUUUUUAAAUAAGGUUUUUAUUAUUACGGGAGAACAAUUUUCAAACCUGCGCGGCCCUUUGUGAAAAAGUGAUUGCCCCCUAAUAACCUAACAACUGGUUGGGCCAUCCUCAGCAGCAACAACUGCAAUCAAGCGUUUGCGAUAACUUGCAACAACUCUUUUACAGCGCUGUGGAGGGAUUUUGGCCCACUCAUCUUUGCAGCAUUGUUGUAAUUCAGCCACACGGGAGGGUUUUCAAGCAUGAACCCCCUUUUUAAAGUCAUGACACAGCAUCUCAAUAGGAUUCAGGUCAGGACUCUGAUUAGACCACUCCAAAGUCUUCAUUUUGUUUUUCUCCAGACAUUCAGAGGUGGACUUGCUGGUGUGUUUUGGAUCAUUGUCCUGUUGCAGAACCCAAGUUUGUUUCAGCUUGAAGUCACAAACAGAUAGAUGGACAUUCUCCUUCAGGAUUUUUUGGUAGACAGCCGAAUUCAUAGUUCCAUUUAUCACAGAAAGUCUUUCAGGUCCUGAAGCACCAAGACGGCCCCAGACCAUCACACUGCCACCACCAUAUUUUACUGCUGGUACAAUGUUCUUUUAUGCCCGAUGUAAUGGGACACACACCUUCCAAAAAGUUCAACUUUUGUCUCGUCAGACCACAGAGUAUUUUCCCCAAAGGUCUUGGGGAACAUCAAGAGGUUUUCUGGCAAAAUUGAGAUGAGUCUUAAUGUUGGAAGUCUGCCAUGCAGGCUGUUUUUGCCCAGUGUCUUUCUCAUUGUGGAGUCAUGAACACUGACAUUAACUGAGGCAAGUGAGGCCUGCAGUUCUUUGGAUGUUGUUGUGGGCUCUUUUGUGACCUCUUGGAUAAGUCCUUGCUGCGCUCUUAGGGUAAUUUUGGUUGGGCGUCCACUCCUGGGAAUAAUGUGGAUAAUGGCUCUCACUCUGGUUGUGUGGUAGUAAUUAGGCCUGGGUGUAGCUAGAGAAAUUGAAUUCAGGUGUGAUAAAACACAGUUAAGUUGUGUUUUUUUAAGGGGGGGCAAUCACUUUUUCAUACAGGGCCAUGUAGGUUUGGAUUUUUUUCUCCCUCAAACUACUACUACUACUUUUUCUGCAGAUGAGGUGAACGCUACUCCUCUUCUCUGGUGUUUUUGUUCUGGGGUUACGGGGGCAUGGCGCAUGUGCACAUGCAUUGUCCAAUCAUACUCCAACUACGCUGGCUACAUGGUAGAGAAAAUUAAAUUCCAAUGGAGUUCUCCGACUCCAAUCAGAGUUCUCAAACUCCGAUUGUAGUCAGACAAAAGUGUUUACAUGCACUUCAGUUGUCCGGUCUUAACCUGAGUAAGGCAAUAUAAUCGUACUGAGUCUCACCCCAGGACUUUCAUGAAAUGUCUCUCACUUAAUUAUUCUAAUGCUAGCAAUGACGUUGAUGACAAAGGCAUAGAAUGAUGAUGAAGAUGAAGGUGAUGAUGAUAGUGUCGAGCUUAACUAGGAAUCUGAACCAUAAAAAGUGUUGCUAAUGCUGUAACAUAAAGAGAAAACAUAAAUCAAAAUGGAAAUUGAAAAAUUGAAAAAUGGAAAAAACAAAACAAAAAAAAAAACACUUUGAACACUAUCGCCACUGCCACUAUAGCUUUUGGAUGAUCACCAGCCCUGCUGCUGUUGCCUGGAUUGCCGGACAUUAUGUUGUUCCACUUUUCUCUAUCAAGGAUGGUUGGGGUCCUGGAGCUUAUCAGGCUGCUGUCACAUUUGUGCCUGAUGACUGUCGUUAUUCCCACACUCUUGAGACCAGCCUGAGACUGCACUCACUGAAGCUGCACAAUAUUAUUGGCAUGAUAUUGGUAUUGGAAGAUAAAAAGUUAAUUAUUGGUUUCUUUGUAAAUAUACUUACUGGCCCAUAACAUGAUGCAUCAGUGUUGAUUGAGACUCUGCCAGCUUGCACAUGUUGGCUGUGCAUAAGUAUUUUGAAGUAUUGGACAGCAGACUAUUCUGAAUGUUUGUGCUCCAAAAGAAUACAUUGAUCAUUUAUAAUAGAAUUAAAUGUCUGUCUCAUUUCUGUCUGUUGCUAAAACAAAAAGACCAUCACAAUUAUUUGCAGUAGAAAAAAAAGGUGUGAUAUAUCUGGAGUGAUGUCUGUAUCGGCCAUUAGAGUUUGAAAAUAUUGGCUGACUGCGUAUUGGCAAAAAUCCAUUAUCAUGCAUUCCUAGUUUUUGCUGCAGUGUUACAGGGGCAGACCUUUUUUUACAGAUGUACCCAUGACUGUCAUCAACAGAUUUUUUUUGUCUUUUCUUUUUAUGGUUUGAAAGACCCAUGCACUAAGUUGUUGCACAAAAAGGAGUACUCAAGUGAAAUAAAAAUGUAAAACCAAACCUCUCUGUGUACUUUUACCUCAAAGGAACACACGGGUGAUUAACUUAACACAACAGGUUUUAAUUUGAAAGCUGUUUUGUUCCUGAGUUUAUAACAGUCUCCUUGUAAACACAACACGUAACCUGAGCAGAAAAGCCUGCCUGAUGAUCAGUGUAUGUUUAAAUCAAUUAGAAGUAACAGAUGUUUCACUUUGCACCAGAUGGGGGCUGUUAGUCAUAAUUUUGCACAGGUUGUGUGUGUAACUGGAGUGGACCAGUUUGUCCGAACAGGCAGCACCUUAACCCUGACUGUUCCAGUCAAAGUCCAAAUCCAGAGCUGUAUGUUUUAAGGCUAAAUCACUGUGAGUGACCAGACAGGUCAUCCUGCUCCGUCAUAAAAAACGUGCAGAUAGACACUUUGAUUACAGAAUUUUGUUCUCCACAGAAAACCCACCAAUUCCAUUCAGAAAAAGACCUAAAAUAAUGAAAGAAUGAAUAAUGACCAGUGUUUUCUUCCUUUCUUCUCUUUUCAGGUGCUGUAUGAGGACAGUCAGAUGGUGACCCUGACGGCUCCGUACAUCGCUGGAUUCCUGGCCUUUAGAGAAACCCCCUUCCUCUUGGAGGCUCUGCAGCGGCUGGAGAGAAACCGACCUGAACUUCUCCCUCAGGUCAGCUCCUUAAAACACACAUCAUCGUAUUUCAUAUCAUAAUUGUAUGAAACGUGCCCCUUUAUAUUAGUUUUUCUUUUGCAUCAUCAAUGUGACGAAUGCGGUUCAAACGAGACGAUGGUCAUUCACUCUGCAUCCCGGCUUUAAAAGUAAGCCUUUGUCAUUAAACCUCUGUGUUGACACACUUCUCACCGCAUGGAGUUGCAAAUAUGAUCUCACUCAUGAGCUGUAACCCGGGAUUUUGAAUUAAAUAUAAAAAUAUGUGAGCGAAAAAUAAAAAUCACUUCCUGGAUUUAUAAAAAGCUUUUAACCUUCAGGCCAAAAGUAAACUCAAUCCAGAUUGCUUGGUAUGACACCAAAAAAAAUUCAGAGUUCUGACUUUUUUUUAACUUAGUUUUUAUUUAAGUUUCAUUCAAAAUCAUUUACAAAAUCACAGUCAUCAUAUCUGCUGCUUCAUACACAUGGUAACAGUUUUGAUACAACAAAAGAGACAAAGAUUACAAUGACGAAGAAAAAUAUAGAAUAAACAGAAUAAAAGUUAUAUCAGUAUACCCAUAGCAGGACUCCACCUUUUUGUGAAUAUAUGUUUUUGAAAUCUCAGGGAAUAUGUUAUUUGUUCUGAUUGAUAUAUUUCCUUUAUUUUUUCGGUCUACAUAUUGUGUGUUGGGGGGUCAGGCUUCAACCACCCUAUUGUAAUGCAUUUAAUUGCUGUUGCUAAUAGUAUCUGUAAGAGAUAUUUUUGGCUCUUCCUUCAAUGCCUCUUGGUAAUAGGCCUAGUAGAGCCACCAUUGUAAUAUUUCCACCAAAUAUUAUAUUAAGUGUAUCAAACACUUCCUUCCAGAUUACCUCCAGUUUGGGGCAUAACCAGAGUAUGUGGGUCUGAUUCCCAAUGUGUGGGCCACAGUUUCUCCAGCAUUUAUUUGAGUAUGUAGCACUAAAUUUAGCUGUGAUUUCAGGUGUCCGAAAGAACCUCAUGACUACCUUCCAUUUAAAUUCUCUCCACACAUUUAAAUUGGUUACUAAAUGUACCUCGGUGCAAACUUCCUCCCACAUAUCAUGUGGUAUGCUGGAAUUAAUUUCAAUUUCCCGUCUUUCCUUAAUCUGUGCAGUAUUAUUCAAAUUCAUGCUCAGGAACAUCUGGUAGCAAUAGCUUAUUAAUUUCUUAUCCCAUUUUUUUGUUUGUACUUUAAUCAAUAACUCUUCAAUUAGCGUAGCUUUAGCAACUUUGUCCCACUCUUUGUGUUUUAAUAAGAAAUCCCUUAACUGUCAAUAUCUGAGAGUUCUGACUUUUGAGAGUUUUGAUGUGAACUUUAAUCAUCAGAAUUGUUUUUUGAUUUCAUAUUGUAACAACGCAUACAUGCGGGAUGAUCAAGAUUAUGGAUAGUAUGUGGUCAUUUAUCAUUAUCUAACAGUUAUGAACAGAGGAGAUGAACAAGUGCACAUUGUGGACUUAAACAAUGAGCUAAAGUUGCUGUCUAGAUGCUGCAACUCAAAAUCAUUCAAUCACAGCAAGCAGAACAAAUUUCAGCUUCUGUGACAAAUAAAAGCUCUUUAGCUCCAGUUUCACAAAAAGAAGCCUUAUCUUCAUCCUCACCCACUCACUUCUGUUUAUCACAGCCCACAUGCCUCCCCCGCGUCCUCUCGCUCUGUCUCUCUUUUACCGCAUGCAGGUGUGCACGAAGACACACACACAUACACACGUAUAAGCACCCUGAAUUUUACUUGCACUGACAUUUAACCCCGAACAGAUGCAGUCACUGCUCCUUUUAUCUGCAACCUUUAAAGUGAGUUAUUCCCGGUCACUUAUGAUUCAGUGCUGAAAUAUAUCUGCAGAGUCACCUUUGGCAUCAAGACUUCAUAGCUAUGCCUGAGCUGGAGGAGUUACAAUAUCAGUCUGAGCAUCUUCUCUGUAACUUCAGCCUCUGAAGCUCAGGACAAAGACACUGUUAUUUCACACUUUCUGUCUGACAACUUGUUUUAGACAUUUGGGAACAGAGACUAUAGGAAUCAGGCUUUGAACAUGUUGUAUCAGACUGAUGGAGUUAUUAGCAGUAAACGAACCAGUCCUCUCUGAGGUGUUUUAGGCAGUUGUGAUCGAUGUUACUCAUCACACUUUGGCUGUUCUGGCUCUGAUACAUUAAAGUAUCAGAUUUAGGAUAACUCCUGAAUAAAAUAGUUGCGCUAAAGCUAGGGAUUCACGGGACUUUAUAAAAAUAUUUAUACACAGUAUUUUAUGAUAAAAAGAAAAUACAAGGAUUUCACGAGGCUGUGAGAAAAUGUUUUAUGCCAUAAGAUUAUUACCCCAUUCCAAAAAAUGUGACUACCUCUUAAAUGUGGAAAGUAUAAAACAGGUGGAGCAAUCUCUCAGAGGUGGGAACUGUCUCAAGAAGUUGCUACAAAAAUGUUAGGAUGCUGCGUAAAAUCUUGAUAAAAUCAUAUCUGCUCUAACAUUAUACACUGCUUUAUGAAAAAUAGAUGCUUAUUUAAAAUUUGGUACAAGCAACAUAUUGUUGGGUCAGAGACAACAAAACGGGGGUAGUCAUGGUGUGCAAAGAAGGAAAACAAAACACCAGGAGAAACCAGCCACCUUGGUUAAAUUACAAGUCAGUUUAGUAAUAUGACUUGGUAUAACAACGGUAGCUGACAGAGACUGAGUCUGGUGGGAAGCUGGGAAGUGGUUUAUGAGACUCUGUGAGAGACUGUGUGAGCAAAGAGCUCAACAUAUUCAAAACAAUGUUUCUCAGCAUGAAUUUGCAAAAUAACGUGUGAAUUUCAUCAUUAAUAGUACAUUAUAUAAACAAAAGAUUAAGAGAAUCCGGAGACAUCUUUUCAAAAGGGGCAAGGGCCAAAACCGAUAGGGGCUGGCCCUGAUCUUUUUGCCCUCAGGCAGUGCUGCAUAAAAAACAGACAUGACUCUGUAGUGGAAAAAAACCUGCAUGGACCAGAAUCACCUCCUAAAACCAUUGUGUGGAAACAUAGUUUGUUUCCUUAUCCACUCGUCUCUCUAGGUCGUCCUCAGAUGAGCCUUCCAUCGUUGCUUCCAGUCAUCCCGAUUCCCCAUACAUCUCGCCAGUUUGUUGGUACUCUGAGCUCCUGCAUCCUUCUUGAGUAUGUCCAUGUAUGAUAAUGUAGGACGUCCUCUUGACGUCCAUGUGUUGGUUCCCACAGCACCAAUUUGCUGGCUGGCAGUUCCCGAUGCCUAUGACAGCGUCCUGCUAAUCUCAUUCUCCUUACAGCAAUCUUCUUGCUCACCCUUGGUAUUCCCUCAUACAGUGUACUGUUGGUUACAUGUGUGUUCUUGCUGAUGUUAAGCACUGCAUGCAACGUCCUGGUGUAGCACCCAUCUAGGGAUUUCUCCAGGGUUGGCUUCAGGGUCCAGCAUUCACUGCCAUAGAGGAGAACGGACUCUACUGUCGCGCAGAAGAAGCUGAGUUUGAUUUGGUGAGGGAGGUUGAAGUUCCAUACACUGGUCAUGCCAUUCAGGGCUCUCCAUGCAAGUGCCUUCCUCACUUUUAGAUCUUGUUCAGUUGAGUUGACCCAUGAGCCCAGGUAUUUGAAGUCCUCGACGUCUUUUAGCACAGCGCCUCCUGCUGUAGUCUGAUGUUCUGGUGGAACGUUGUAGGUGAUAACCUCAGUUUUCUUGGCAUUUAGCCUAAGGCCAACCUUGGCACACUCUAGCUCUACCCUGUUCAGUAGUUCUUGUGCUUGUUCCACGUUGUCGGAGAGCAGACUUAUGUCAUCCGCAUAGUCAAGGUCUGUGAGGACCACUGCAGGGUGUCGCCUCGACCCCCUUGGUGUUAGUGUGAAGCCAAGUUCCUGCUCUUGCCCACUGAUUGCCUUCCUGAGCGCAUAAUCAAGGACUAUGAUGAAGAGGAAAGGGGCUAGUGUGUCCCCUUGCAUAACCCUAACCAAGAUGUCAAACUCCUCGCUGUUGCCGUCUGGGGUCACCACCUUGGCCCUUGUUCCUGCGUACAUUGUCUCUAUUGCUCGGAGAAGGUUAGGCGGAAUACCGUAUGCCUUCAGGAUCUUCACCAUCAUGCCUCGAUGGAUCGAGUCAAAUGCCUUCUUGAAAUCUAUAAAGCAUAGAACUGCAGUAAGGUUGUCCUUCUUCAUCUCCUCAAUCAUUCGCUUAAGUGCCAGGAUCUGGGCUGUAGUAGUUCGCCCCUCUCGAAAACCGUUCUGAUACUCCCUCAGGUGAGGGUCGAUUGCGUGCCGGACCCUGUUUAGUAUCAUGCGGGUUAAAACUGCACUAGAGAAAACUAUAAAUGUACAUGAUCCAUGAAAUGACAGCUACUUCAUUAGAAUUUGAGCUUUUUAAGAUGGACUGAAGUGGGGAAACUGUCCUCUAAUUUGAUGACUGAAAACUCGUCAUUCUUUUUGCAAAUCAUGGAUUCCAGGUCGCACACUCCAAAAGACUUCAAUGAUGGUAGUGGAAGCUGGAAAGGCAACAUUAAUGCAUUAAUGCAGCAAUAUGUACAGGUCUGGAGCAACACAUGCUACCAUCCAGACAAUAACUGUGACAUGUAAGAACAGUAUGGCUCUGUAGUAGAAGAGUGCAGUCCAGAGUUGUCCCUCAUGAAAACAACAGGCACAUUAUGGCCCGGAAAAUAUUACAAAGGACACCCUGAGCUGCUGAAACCCUUUAUUGGGCAAGAAUGAGUCAACAUUUUAUUUUUAAAAUUGCAGAGUCUGAUCUGGUUCUCAAAUAUUUACACUGUUGGGAAAAGAAAAGGUGAUGCGACACAAAGCGAACAUGCCCUUUCACAACUUUUUUGAAGCAUGUUACUGUAAUUAAGUUGAAAAUAGGCAUAUAUUUUUGUUUGUUCUACUGUUCUUGCACAGUUUUCAACUGAAUUUGGUUUACAUGAUUUGCAUCCCACCAAAUUCUGAAUAUUCUGAAUGUAUUAAGGAUAUGAUUGCUUAUCCUUUGGUCAAAACAGACUUUUAGUGCUUUUGUUGACUCUGGUAUAUGUCAUUUGGACUAGUUUUCGCCUUUAUUAAUUGGUAACAGUGUUAAAAAUAAAUCUGACACUGGCUUUUGUUGAUUUAUGAAUUUCUGUUUGAGCGUGUGUAUUUCAUCUUCCAGGUCACUGAUUGAUACAACAGGACCUUCUCGUUCACUGUGUCUUAAUUCUACCCGGCCUUGCCCUUUUUGUGCACACUAAUGUUUAUUAUGAUAAAUACCCUGUCAAAAUGUAAAUACAAUGGCUUCAUCCUUGGUUUCAGCAGGAGUGCCAAAAGGUAGCCCUGUGGCUGCCCUUCUCUGUGCAUAAAAAUGCACAGAGAAGGGCUUUGUUUUGUACUUUAGAUACAUUAAUCACUCAUUGUGUCUGUGUUCUACCUUCAACAGGUGGUGUUUGUGGAUGGGAAUGGUCUCUUCCACUACAGAGGUAAAUCAAGCUCUAUCUACUGAGGAAAGUAUUUGCUAAAUAUUGGCAAAAUUAAGAGGUGGGGUAUACUAACUCUGACUUCUGACCUCAAAGUUUGUGUGUGAAAGUGAGUUUUAAGGAGGAAUUUUACAGAUGAUCUGAACAGUUUUGGCCCUUUGUCAGGCUGUUCACAUUGAAAUCAUCCAAAGAGGCAGACACAGUCACCUUUUGUCCUGAACCUGGACUGUGGAACAAAUCAAAGGGUCAGAUUUGAGAGUUUUAGGCUCCACCUCAGUUUACAAACUGUUUAAAGAGCAGCAAAAGGUCAACAUUUGAAACCUUUAAAUUCCCCAACCAUGAUUUUCCAUAAAAAAAUGUCAAAUUCUGAUUUAUCAGAUCACAGAACAGUUUUCCAUUUCGCCUCUGUCCAUCUGGAAUGGUCUUGGGCCCAGAGAAGUAGCUGUGUGGUUUCUAGACCGUGUUUAUAUAAGGAUUUGUUACAGUUUAAACCUGCAUUUAUAGACAAAAAAGAACUGUUUACAGGCAGUGGUUUUUGUAAGUGAUUUUUGGGCUUUUGCAGUGAUUCCCACUACAGAGGGUCCAAAAAUCAUGCCUACUAAUUAAUGGUUUUCUGCCACAUCCCUUUUGUGUAAUGAUAUUUGUGUAGAUAAUGAGAUCCCUAAAUUCUUUGCAGUUUUUAAGCUGAUGACCAUCAUUCUGAAAUUGUUAAACAAUUUGUUCACAUGGUCUCUCACCGGGUGGUCUCUCACCUCUUCUCAUCUUUACUUCAGAGAGACUCAGCCUCUCUAGAAUGCCCAUUUUAUACCCAAUCAGGUUUCUAACUUUUUUGCAAAUUAAGGUAAUGUGUUGAAAAAUGUUUUUUUUGUACUUUUCCAGUGUUUUUUGUGCCAGCUUACUUAAACAAGUUGCUUGCAUCAAAUUUGAAAUAAGCAUAUACUCCAUUUCCAUAAAAUGUUCAGUUUUAACAUUUGGUACAAUGGCUAUGACUAUUUUUGAUUUAAUAUAGGAUCUGAAUGAUUUUUAAAUGCUCAGAUUCAGUUCUCAUCAGCUUAUACUGUCCCAACCUUGUUCAGAAAUGGAUUGUAUGUUAAGAGUUGUCGCAGCACAUGCUGAAUUAAAGAAAAGCAUGAAUUCUCCUUUUAAAAUCUGCAUAAAGUUACAAAGAUUCUUAUUUCAAAGCACUCCCAAGUUAAAGCAAUUAGGACCGCACAACUGUAAGUUGAGACUGUUUGUCUUAUUGUCAUGUGCUGAAAGUGAAAAGUGACUGGCCCAAUAAGACAAGCUAAAACCCAGAGUACACUUGGACCAAGAAUGACCAGUGUCCCAAAAGAAGUCCAUCUACUUCUACUUGAAGUAAGCUCUGUUGAGAAGGUGCACUGAAGCAUCGUGUUAAGUGAUAUGUGUUGUGUCUUUUGUUUCAUUCUGGGUUUUUACAUCCUCACUGUUUGAACUGUGCAGAGUUUGGCCUGGCCUGUCAUCUUGGAGUGCUGUCAGGGCUGCCAUGUGUGGGUGUGGCCAAGAACCUGCUGCAGGUUCAGGGUGUGUACAAAAGUGAGGAGCACCAGUCACAGGUGAGACUCGACAGUUUUGGAUCAGAUUUAAACUCCCAUCUGAAUUUAAAGUGUUUUCUACUUGUAAAAGAGUUGCACAUCUUUUUUGUUUCACUUUGUCACUCUAGGGCUAGGCUUACAGGACACAUCAGUAUAAAAAGGUGCUGAAAUGUUGACAUGCUUCAUCACGUUUUGCAUUUUCUUCUUGCUGUGUACUAAUGUAGUUUGUGCGAAGGAGCUGCCGACCUCAACAAGAGCCAAGGAUGAAUUAUUUAAGUAAAGUUAUCAAAGUGUAAUCACCUUUUCUGUUGUGUUUAUUGCUCACUGCUUUUUAGAAGAAGUGAAGAAAUGUCAGAGGGGGGAACAAGCAAAGGGCAGAAUCCUAAAUUACUUUCCAACAAGUGCGUGCAUAUGAACUCACACUCACACAUUUAUCUCUGAGUGUGUGUAAGUCUGUGUGUGUUGAGUGUGUGUGCUGUUUUUGACAGUGUGACUUUUAUUGCAAGCCAAACUCUCCCUGUGUAACUAAUACUAAUGCAACUCUCAGAAUAUAAAUCAAGCAAGAAAAAAGAAAUAUUCAUCGGUCAAAGUAUAAUUGUGGGACCACAAAAGAAUAGAUUUAAUGAAUAUGCAAAUGUUUGAUUUGUUUGAGCCUGGAGCCUUAGUGACCUGUUUGGGAAUGAGUCUAGGAAAACAUGUUGAGGUCAAAUCUGCCUGAUGGACAGGUGUGCAAAUUCGGCCUGGCAAGUCAGAGGACGUGGAAUAACUGCUGGACGUAAGAAGAAGUUUAUGUAUGUUUUACUUUCAACUGUGAAUGCCUAAAGUUUAAAUCAUUAGACUGUCCAUUCCAUCGUAGGAUUUCUAAUCAGCCACAAUUUCUAAUUAGAUUCAACAUGUUGAUUAUAACCAUAGAGUGGACUGAAUAAAACCAUGGACAGAGCAACAGCUCUGCAACGAUUGCAGAGCUCCUCCUAGUGACCAGCUGCGGUAUAGAUCAUAAAUAGCCGUCAACUGAUAUCAGUUUUUUUAGUGCCAGUGUUGAUAAUAAGCAAGUUAGUAAAUGGUCAAUACAUUAUGGCUCAUUUUUUAGUUUGAGCGAAUAAAACAAUUCAAUUAUCCCAACAAAUGACAAUUAUUUUUUCAUCCUCCAAAGAGGAGGCAGAAAAACUUAAGGAACCACUGUACUCACUAACCUGUAAACCCAUGAAUCUGUCUAUCUCUAGUCAUAAACCCUGCCUCCUCUUUUAUAGCAAUUUGGAUAUAUGGCAAAUUAGAUUUGCAAACUCUUAAGCAAACUAGGGAACUAAGAUGAAUGACAAAUAAUUUUCAUGAAGUCAUUAAACUUUCUGUCAGGCACCCAUUCUGUGGUGAACUGUACCUGCUGGAGAGAUCUAUGACAUUUUAUUAGUAAGUUCAACAUGUGUUUUGCUCAGUGUAAAGGCUGUGACGUCUGUCCUUGACGUCACGCUCUGACAGCCUGCAAGUCUGGGCUCUUCCACUUUACAAUAGAUGAAAUUGUCAGGUUUAAUGGUAAUUUGGCUCUUGCGUAGGCUGAUAAAAAACACUGUUGCCAUAGAAAUGCUGUCUGAGGAACUGUUUCUUCAAGAGGCAGGAACCAACCAUCUUUAGCUUAAUACAAUCAUCUUUAAAUCAAAACCUAGAGUGAGUUUGUUUGUAUCUUUAGUUGAUAGCCAGGUCACAAGCAAGAUAAUAUAGUAAGCCAGUGGUUAUGCAAAAUAAAACCCCAACACUGGAGAUCAUUUUUCCUGCCUUUCCCCUUACUUGACAGCAGCGCUCAGAGGCUUUAAAAAGAGCGACAUAGAAAAUGAAUCUUGUAGAAAAUUUUAAAACAAGAAUCUCACAGUAAGAAUCUGUCUUUAUGGAUUCUUUAAUAAAGUUAAUAUCAAUUAUGGAUAACUGAGUCAGCAUUUUAGCUGAAUAUACUUUGAUAGUCAAAGUUGUUCUCCCUGAAGGAUUUCAUUGGAGCCACUACUGCCCAUUUUUCAUGUGAAGACACAAUCUGAAGCUUAAAAAUGUUCACCCACAGAUCAUAAAACCCAAAGUAUUGGAUUGAAAAAAGAAGAAAAAAUCCCUUUUAAUGUAUUUGCACUCACCAUAGAAAAUGGAUGAAUGUUCAGUGUUUGGGUUGUGUAAACCAAGAAGAACUUGAACACAGUUUUUUUUUUCUUGCUCUGAGGUGGUUGUGAUUGUAUCUGACCUCAUUUAGAUGGAGUUGAUGUGAAGAUGAGAAAUGAUGGCCAUUCUCCAUAAUGAGUGCUACUAAAAGUAUGAAAAGCUUCAGCCACUGUACAAUCUUCUGCCAAUGCAAUUAGCAGCCUUACAGACUCUCUGCUUAUAUCCCCACCAGUCUUCAUGUAGUAAUGUAACAUGCUGAUUCAAUUCUCUCUUGGAGUGCAUCCAUCUCUCGCAAUUAGUGUUAGUGUCUUUGGCGUCAGACAUUAUUGGUUGGUCUGUGUGUGUGGGGGAGUGGGGGUCUGAUCUCUUUGUUCUCACUGAACAUGGUCACAUCUGAGCAUCCGAGGACCAGCCCCAUUUAAAAUGAUACUAUCUCUGCUAAUGGUGUCAGCAUUGCACACCCAUACUGCAUCUUUGGGCUAUAACUGUUAUCUUUAGAUCAGUUAAUGUGCAUGAAAUUUUAGACUCCUAUCCCUUUCACUCUGAUGUAAUUGUCGCUCUACUAAUUUGUCCACAGGCUUGCACAGAAAUGCGAUGCCUCGGGUUGACACAAGCCUUGAUGUUUGAGCGCUCAGUGGGAAAUAAGCUUUGAAAUAAUCCAUGAAACACAAGCUGUACCAAGCUCCUUACCAAAUUUCAUAUAAUCAGAUCUUAGGAAUAUGAUUAGCAAUCAAAUGAACACCAGCAUGUACCAAUGACAAGCAAAUAUGCUGCCAUAUUCAAUAUCAUAUUUGCAAAGAGUUUCAAAGAACACGGGAAGAGUUUUUAGGUGUUGACAGAAUCAGCGGGCGCAGUGAUAUUUUCGUACUCGCCGGUGGCGUAUAAAGUGCGCUGAAAGCUCGCUGAUUCAAACCUGGUCAGCUUUCAGCGCAGGCAGAGCGCAGCUGGUCUGGAGGUAUUUUGGUAGACCGGCGGCAUAUCGACAUACGUCACUGAUGCCUCACCGGCAGGUUUCCACAGUGUCAGGCACAUUUCAGUGCAAUAAAUAAUCAUCAACAACUAUUAAUCUGAGUCAGCACACACAUUUAGAUCUAUAUAGAUAUAUUCUGAUCUAUAUCUGAUCUGAUGAGCGCGUUUGGCACACGUUUGGACACACAACCUGACCAAAUCAAUACAGCUGAAACGGCAUUAAAUAAAAUUAAAUAUCUUUUAAAUAGACACACAUGAUGAAGUGAACAAGAUAUGUAAUUCGUCUCCCUCCUUUUCUUUCUUCCUCUUCCUCCUAUUUCUCGUGCAGCUGGACCUGGACAUGUCUCUGUGUCCUCUCCCCGUCCUGCUGCAGCUGCAGCUGCUUCUGUGGCGGCUGAACAGAUGAUUUGUUUCAGUGAUAUUCAGUUUUGUGGGCCAAAUUUAUUUUAUAUGCCAACAUCUAUGAAAGAAAGAGCCAGGCCACUGAGCGGGAUGCGUCAUUUACGCACAGAUGGUUCCGAUUUUAAUGCCAUUUUUGGAAUUUAUGAUGUGAUCUCUGCGCACAACCCACCUUUGUCACGUGAGGUUUGAAUAUAUGCAACUUUAUGUGAGUGUCUUUAUUUGUGGAAAAGGGUGUUUGUCUUACCAGUGGGUCCAACAUUACACACACCAAAUCCAUCUGUGCUCAUAUGAAACAGUGUGAAGGACGCCCUCUGCAGCGCUUACAGUGACACUUGUUGAGGGGCUGCCUUCUGUCGCCAUCGUGUGGCAUUGCUGUCUUCAGACAUCUCUUGAUCUCUUUGACUACUUCGCAAAAAUUGUAAGACGCCUCGCCAGUGGCGAAUUUAAAGGCGAGGAGAGGAGCUGAUGUUAUUGGUCAAUACAGGUCUCGGCUGUGUCAAACCCACUCCAUGCCCUCUCUCCUCCCUUGCUUCGACUCACACCACUGGGAGGAGCUGAGUUAGGGAGGGGGGAUACUUACGCCGGGCUGCGCCUCUCACGAAAAUACAAAAUUGUGCUUGGGAACGCAUUGUCGGCACGAUGGACCUGACUUACGCCGUGCCUGCGGCACGUCUCCGGCGAGGCACGAAAAUAGAGCCUGCAGUGUGAGAUAUCUCUGAAGGUUAAUGCAAGAACUUCUCUCAGUCCUUGUAACUAAACCUGCAAGCUUCAAAAGUAAAAGAGACACAGGUGUGCAGAUCCUCAAAUGUAUGACGAGGCAAAUUCUCCUAUUUAAAGCAAAAGAACUGUGUCUAGGUGUAGCACCAUAGACUUUACAUACUAUGGACAACUUGGUUCCGCCUUCCACCAGUAUAUGGAUUUGAAGCCGAAAAGCUCUCGGUAAUUCCGCGUUUAUUCUCCACUUUUUGAAACCAACACUGCCCAAUAGCAUUGUAAGCACUCAACCACUUGUGCAGUAGCAUUGUGCGCAUUCGGCGGGAGAGUCGCCAAAGUUGCUGUGAUGAUGCUCAGCUCAAACAUCCCCUGGGUGAGCUACGCAAUCUUCGUACGCCCGUAGGCUGUAUCAAGUGUCAAUCAUAGCAAACACCCCCUUAUGAGUUGUAAGUGCAGUUGUAAAAGUGCAGAACAAGCUACUAGAGGGGCGGCCAGAGGAGACUGCCAGAUCCCACUUAGAAAAUCUUUAUUUGGUCAGUCAGUUUUUUCUUGUAGGGCAGGCAAGGAUUGGAACACAAUACCACAAAACAUAAGAGAGUCCAAUUCAUACAGAGCAUUUAAAGUAAAUUUGAAGAGGUGGUUACUUGAAAACCAAACUUGUUACCGUUAGUUGGUUGGCGUGCUUUCGGGUGGGUUAUGUUGAUGUUUUAAAUAUUGUGUAUUAUGUAUGUUUUUAUGUAGUUGCUGAUUUCCCACCUUUUUAGGUAGCCAUGUUCCUUCUGGCAGGGGGACUACCAAUGGAAAUUAGCCUUGCGGCUACAAUUGGGUCCAUUUACAUUUUAUCUUUUUAAAAUGUUCAUUAAUGUACACUGUCCCUCUUUAACAAAUAAAAAGGAAACGAAACGAAACGAAAGCUAGCUCACACAGCCUAUUGCUUUCAUAUGCAAUGAGAGAACAGAGUUUGUCGAGUCAGUUAGAGGACAUGAAAAGAACCCAUGUGGGCUAAGCUCAGGCCCCUUAAGAUUUCAGAGCUCCGACUGUACACUCUGCCUCCCCAAACCUCCCCCAUUCAUGGAGGAAUUGAAGAGAGAAAAUGGGAGGAAGAAUGUGGAUGUUUAGCUAAAGAUUAGGGCUGUACACUCAAGCUCCCCCCAAACCUUUUAAAGUCUUUUUUCAAGGUUUAAUCCCCCUCUAUUUCUAAUAUUUUAGUAGCUACAUUAUAAAGAUACAGAGAAAAAAAUCUGCCUGGGGAGUAAACAGUUGACACUCCAACAACCUUCGUGUCCAUUAAAGGAUUAAAGCAACCAUUUUAAGUGUCCUUGAACAGAACAGUCAGACUGUACCUGCUCUGUUACCUCCAGCUGAAUGCCCUGAAGAUGUAAAUGUAAAGAGAAGUGCAUGUUUCUAUCAGUACAGAGUUUGAACAAAAAAUAAAAAAAAUAAAAUGUUUCUUCUCCUCCUCUGUGUUCAUGAUGCACUUGGGGGGAAAAGAUAAACCUGCUGAAGCUCCUCUCUGCUCAUCACCCUUCUCUUGUUUUGUCCUCUCUUUUCUACUUUUUCUGUCUCCAUUUUUUACUCUCCUUCCCUUUUCACUUUCUUUUUCUCCUAUCUCAUUUUUUUUCCUUUCCCCCCUGUCUCUGUUUGUCUCCCUCACUGAUUGCCAGGCUGUGACUCAAACUAUUUGUUAUUGAUGACUUGCUCGUUUCUUCUGACUUCUGCUGUUCUGGCCUCAGUCCCAUACCCUCUGCUUCACAAGAGCCAAACUUAUCUCUCUUUCUCUCUUACACACACACACACACACACACACACACACACACACACACACACACACACACACACACACACACACUCAUGCUGUUGGCCUCAUCCCAGUUGGGAUCGCAGGCCCUGUGCGGCCCCUCCUGUCUCCCCGCUGGCUGCUUGCUGUAAUCAGUCAUAGUAGAGCAGACACCUCAUCCAUCAUGGAGGCUAAGCUCCCUUCAUCGCUCUGGCCCGUAACCCACAGUACACCUGUCAACAGCAGCCCACAUCACCACAUCUGACUUUGUAUCGUCUCCUCCACUCUGAGACCAAAACAAACUUUACUACUUCUAUGGAAAAAAAAGGGUUUUUCUUGCUUUUGAAAUUCGUCGUUCAAUAAACGAACAUAAAAAUUACCCUUCAAAUUCGGUCUAAUAAGAGUUUAGAUGAAAAACACAACGGUGGCCUCUAGUCAUCGCAGAUGUUCUUAUUGGGGAAAACUUGACAAAUGGAGGCUUGUAUUUAUCAUGCAUCACAGAAGCUUCUUGUCCACUAAAGCCACCAUCACCUCAGUGCAGGGAGGGGUGACUUUUUAACACAAGUUAAAAAGUCAUCUCCAACUCUGGUCCAUUGGAGGUUAUGUAAGCAUCAUUUUAAGAUAAAAGCAUGUUUUCACAAUGCAACCAGGGGGACUUGGACAGUUGUGACUUGGUCAUAGUCAGGUAUCUCUCAACAGGUAGGCUGGAGUUGGAUGUGUCCUUGGGCAAGACUCAUAGGGUUGUAUAAAUAGAUCCAUUAACACUGAUGGAUGCUUCACAUAGCGGUCUCUGCCAUCAGUGUGUAAAUGUGCUGUGAAUGGGUGAAUGUGAUAUGUAAUAUGAUUACACUUUUUGUGUUUAGGAGACUAGAAAAAGCAAGCAAAAUAUUAUUAAUAAUACAUCAGAUUUCAUAGAGCGCUUUAUCAGGGACCCUCAAAGCACUUUACAUUGGAUACAUCAUUCAUUCACUCACACAGUCACACCACAGCUGCCCUGGGGCAGACUGACAGAAACAUGGCUGCCAGUUUGCACCUACAGCCUCUCUGACAUCACCACACAACAUUUACAAUCAUACACCAGUGGAGGACACACACUGGGAGCAAGGCGGAUUAAGUGUCUUUCCCAAGGAUACAACAGACAGACUAGGGAUGGGGGGAAUCAAACCGCCACCCUUCAAGUUGUUGGACAACUGCUCUACCUCCUGAGCUACUGCCGCCCCACAGCAUCACGUGAUUGUCCAAUCAAUUUACAUGCUAGACAAAAAAAUAUCAUAUUUAGAGCAUUAGAAACAUAAACUGUAUAUACUAUGGACAACUUGGUUCUGCCUCCCACCUGUGUACGGAUUUGAAGCCAAAAAGCUCUCGGUAUUUCUGCAAUUUUUUCUUCAUUUCCUGAAACCAGCAUUGCGCAGUAGCAUUGUGCGCAUUUGACGGGAGAGUCACGAGAGUCAUUGUGAUGACGCUCGGCUCAAACAUCCCCUGGGUGAGCUACGCAAUCUUCGUACGCCCGUAGGCUGUAUCAAGUGUCAAUCAUAGAAAACAUGAACCCCCUAAUAAAUUUUAAAAGUGGAGCUGUACAGAAAAAAAGAGGACUUGAGCACAAACCAGUCUUAUAGUAACUACAUGUCAACAUCACAACCAGGGGGGAGAAAAAUGUUUAUUCUGUGUGAUAUAUUUCUAACGUUUGUCCACAGCUCUAUAUGCUUUGCUGGCAGAGGCAGGAUUUAUGACCUAUACUGCAGCCCAUCAACAGAGGGUGCUGUUGUCGGAGUGGCUUCACCCAGUAAGGAGGCAGACGCUGUCCAUUCUAUAUACAGUCUAUGAUUAGAAACAAUAGUUUUCUAAUGCAGGCUAUUGUUUCAAGGUUAACCCAAGCUGCGACGCAGCCUUUAAUGCAGUGUGCAUAUGGCUACCUGUGAAGAGUUUGGGUAUUUUGUAAAAAAAAGUGUUUUGUGGACGACAUGUACAGCAGAGUCACACACAGUAGAUGAUAAUGCAGUGUAGACAUUUCUGUCACAGAGCAGAGCCAAUGACUGAGGGAAAAAAAAGCUUCUAAUAUCGUUAAAAAUGGGUGAUAAUGUGUUUGUGUGUCAAUUGUAUUUAGUAGUUAAGUUGUUGAGGUAACAUUUUGCUCCACCGGGAUAAACUUUUUUAUUCACAAAAUCAAUUUUAAGUGAGCUUUUGUUCCCCUGUGACUCUAAAUGGCUCUGCUCUGCUUCAGGGUGCUGCCGGUUUAAUCAUAGUUUAAAGAAGGAUUAUCGAGGAUGUAGGGAGGUAACAUUUUCUUGAAGACAAUAAAAAUGCACUUUGAUCAGUAUGUUUUGUUUACUAUAGAGUUACUCUUUAAAAAAGCUUAACCACUUAAAAAAACAGCUUAACAGCAAAAUAUUUGAGGGUGUUGCUUAAAGAUUCAUGUUAAAGUCCAAGUUAAGCUUGCUAUGGGUUCUCUCUUGUGUGUCUAAAGCAAUAAUACCUUAAUUUUCUCCUAGUUUUGCUGCAUACAUACCUUUAUCUAUCUAAAGUUUAAUUCACUAACGUUGCAAAAAGGAUUACUGUUAUUUUAGCUCUGUAAGUCUGGAUAUGUGGACAUGAAAUUGAGAUCACUCAGAGGUUAAAGAACAUCACUGAGGCCCCUCAGCAGGUUAAUAGUUUCAGUUUGCCGCUGUCUUUAUGGGUGUGCUGUUCAUCUUUGUUGACUUUGAUUUUUUUGUUUCUUUGCCUCCACAGAUAGCUGCUCUGCAGAAAGGAGGAGACAGCUUCCUACUCACAGCCGCCUCGGGCAAAGUGCUCGGAAAGGUGCGGCAAAGGACACACACACACACACAGGAGGCAAACAUUUUUGACGGAUGUGUUGUUUUGUUGCUGUUUUACACAAAGAAAACCAAACUUGCUAAAAAGUCAGACUCGACGAUAUGUGUAUGAUGAGAAGAAUCAAAGAGAGAGGAAGCUGGAAAAGUUGUUUCAGAUGUUUCUCUUUGUGUUCAGGCUCUGAGAAGCUCCGACAAGAGCUCGAAGCCGGUGUAUGUGUCCGUUGGCCAUAAGAUCAGUGUGGACACAGCUGUACGCCUCACACACUCCUGCUGCCGCUACCGGGUCCCAGAGCCCAUUAGACAGGUAGACGUGCAAACACUCACACACACACACCGCUAGCCAAAAACUGAGGACUCAACAUUCAGGACUUGAGUGGCUGCAGGGAAGUCCAUCUUUGUGAAAAAAAAAAAGAGCAAGAAAAAUAAGUUUUGGUGAUCACCAAUGGGGGUGGGUGAAGACAGGGAGGACUGUGAGCACUAUGCUGUGUGGCAGUUUUCAGCAUCAGAAAGACAAUGAGGGAGCAAUGUAUGGAACCAAAUAAAGGCAGCUUUGGUUUUGUUUUUGUGACAUAGUUGGGGGCCUAAGACACAUUUUACUUCAAGUCAUGCAACAAAUGUCCCCUUUGGGACUCAAAUUUUUUUUAUCGCCAUUUUAAAAAUGGCGAUAAAAAAAAUUUGAAGGGUGAUCUAACUUGUCUCUUUGGAUAAAAUGUUUCCUAUGACCCUAAGGUACUUCCAUACCAAAGGGGAUAUUUGUUGCAUGAAUUGAAGUUUACAGCUUAUUUUUUGGGCUUAGGGCCUCUACUAACAAUACAGAAACAGUUUAUCUUAAACAAAAGGUACCUUGAUAUUUUCCCAUUACAGAUGCAAAUUCAUGCAAAAGUUGCAAGAUAAACAUUUUCGGACGUCGAUAUUUUUUUUCGAACCUGUAUCCAGUCAAUGCAAGUAUUCACAUCAGUGACGUUUUCCCGUCCUGCGAUAUUGUGGCAUUUAUUUUUUCGGAGUUUUUAAGUUUCGCAUACUGUGUGUCCACUUCUGACCAAUCCGAUUGCAUGUUGUAGCGACGUCUGAUUCACUGGUUUAUCCAACAUGGCCGACCAGCUGAUCGUUCAUGUGUUGGAGGACAGAGUGCUUUAUGAAAAAAAACCCACAAAUUUUACAAAGAUAACGACCUGAAGGACAACUUGUGGAGAGUCAUAGCGUCUGAUCUCUCACAUGAUGAUAGUUUGUGUGCUUUAACAGUUUGCUAAACGUCUUUGUUUUAAAUUUCAUCCGUGCUAAGUAACUUUAGCUCGUAAGCUAACCUGUUCAGAUACAACAUACCAUAUGUAUUUUCACUGUCUCAAACUCAAUCAGGUUGCUGUCACAGCGCCAUUAGGUCUCGGUUGUCACCUUACGUUUAUGAAUUGUAGUUUAAUGUGCUUAUCUGGCACUGGCCCCGACUCAGUACAUGCUAUCAUGACAGACAGCCAUCUCAACACUAGUGUCUAAUCAUUCAAUUGAUCUUGAACAACAAAAGAAUGAACAUUUUCAAAAUAAAGUGUAGAAAAAUAAUUUUGAUGUAGUUGUGAUAUUAGUAGAUGGCGAAGUGUUCCAUUUCAGCUCAUUACUCCUGGUUUGUGUUACGUAUCAAAGCAAUCAACAAAAAGCACCAGCAAGUGGCUGACAGGAUAUUUGUUGAACUACAAAAGCACCAUCACUUCUACUGCUCUGAACUAGGGAUGGAUGAUAUGGGCUAAAAAUUUUAUCACGAUAAGAUUUGCUUUUACUUGCGAUAGCCAUAAAAGUCCCGAUAAGAAAUAUUAUAACUGUAAUCUAAAUUUUUGACUCAUUUUGUCUUGAGAACACCAGUUGGAGUAGUCAAAUAAGAUACUUAACCACAAGUUUGACUUCAAACAAGUCUGAAAUGUGAAAACAUUUUCAACAUUUGUUAAAAACUCUUAUUGCACAGAGUGAACAGCAGCAGCACAUCCACUGUCCGAUGUCAGGUAUACCUGAUUGGGCUCAUCUAAAACCCCAAUCUUGAAGGAAAUCCCUCAUGUGGAGUUUUGUUCAGUAAAGAAACGUCUUCCUCAUUACCUUCGGCCAUGUUUGUUUGUUAUUCUGCUCUGUGUGGACUGUGAGUCUGUCACUCGCACCUACGUCAUCAACUUGCAAUUAUAUUUAUUAUGAGAUGGCAAAUAUUUAUCAUGGAGGGUUUUACUCACGAUACAUUAUGAAUGAUAAUUUAUCGCCCACCCCUACUUUGAACCUUUUAUUUGUUUAUUUUAUUAUUUAUCUAUACGCGACACCAGUUUUGUUUUGGGGUUUUUUUUUUUGUCCUGUCAGUCUGUCUUGAGUGUGUGCAGAACACUUCGGCCAGUGUCAGUAUUUAGUCUGACUGACAUGUUUACAUGUUUUUUAAAAGCCCAGUUGUUGUCAGAUUCGUGCCAUGAAUCAAUGUAUGCCCUCCCUGGUGUCUGCUCUCUGCAUCUCCUGUCCCUCUUCUGCCAUCUUCUCUGGUAAAGGCAAAAAGACUGAAAAAUAUAGCUUACAAAAUGUUUAAAAAUAUACCACACAGAAAAAAAUGCAGGGACUGUAACAAUAAGAUGUACUGAUAUGAUAACUCUAAAUGGUUAAGUGUCUCACAUAUUAACCGUCUGUAUACAUCCCUUGCCUUUCCAAGGGCCCUUAACAAGAUAGAUGGUGGCGGAGACUGAUAUUUGUUUACAUGCUUGUUAAAAAUUUUCAGCUGAGUUAUAGUUUUUUUUUUUUCUCACUUUGAGGUAAAAAAAAACAAGCAAACUACACCUAAGCUGAUCCCCCUUUUUGCCUCAGACUGAGCUUCCCCCCACCACUAGGCUGUGCUGUGCUUCUGCUGUUCGCUCUGCCUUACUGUCCACUCCACAUAAAAUAGGCACACACACACGCACACACAUAACACACACCUCAAAAUCAGUUUUCGAUCAAAGAAUUCUCAGUAGUGGUGGCUAACCCAUUCUCCACUGUGUGUGUGUAUUUGUGUGUGUGUGUGUGUGUGUGUGUGUGUGUGUGUGUGUGUGUGUGUGUGUGUGUGUGUGUGUGUGUGUAUUUAUUUCAUCAAAGUGUGAGUGUGAUGUGUUUGGCUGGUGGGAGGAGGGGGAUGAGGAGUGGAGGAGGCGUAGGAGGCUCCGGUAGCAGCAGGGACUAAAUGUGGACAUCAGAGAGAGCCAGGGACACUUUCACCUUUCUCUGUCCGAUCAUUGGCACCUCUGUCUCUGUCUUUACCUUCCUCUCUCUCGCUCUCCAGCUGUUUUCCUUUUUUCUUUACUCCAUAACCUCUACAUUCCCCUUGUUACCCUUCAUCUCCUUUUUGCUCUCUGCGUUAUCUUCCUCUCGCUCUCUCUCUCCCACAGAUAUUUUCUAUUCCCUUUAUUGCUGACAUCACAGAAAAAUAAGCGCUCACACAUCCAGCUCUGGCGAGUGUCAAGUUCAGAGCUGAGCUCUGUGUUUACGGCGCUCUUUCGUGGGCAGAGCAGGAUUCACGUCCCUCAGGCCUGUGAAACCUCAUUCACAAGUUGUCCAUAGAAAAUUCAGAAAGCUGUCACUCUGACAUUACGUAACUGUGUCUUAUUUGAAGUCUGAAAAAACAAGAGGAUGAGCUGCUGAAUUUUACUCUUCUGUCCAAUCUCUAUUGAUAGAAAACUGAGGCCAAAGAAAUGUUCUCACAUCUUUUAACAAUAAGAAGAAGCAUGCACAUACACACACACACACACACACACACACACACACGCACACACUACACAACAACUUCAAUGAUGGACAUGUACACAUGUAAAUGUAGCAGCUGUAUCUGCAUGCAUGUGCACACUCCUCCAAACUUGGCUGAAGGUUUUCAGGCUCUGUGUGACAUCAUAGUGAUGUGGGCUGGGAUUGUCUCGACACGUUCAAGAGCAGAGUCAAGUUUUGUGGACAGUUCUGACUGUAACUCCCUCGUAUUUUCUUUUGGUAACAUUAGAUCAACUUAAAUGUCCCUGAAAGGAAAUUUUACCUCAAGCAAAGUAACAUACCUGUUAGUGGAGCUUGGUGUGGCAUUAGAACAAACUUGGCAGGAGAGCAACUCACUGAUUUCCAAAUUUAUGUAUGUUGUUCAGCAUUGGCCUAGACUUUCCAAAUAAAGAGUCUGGCCAGACUGAGACUGAGACAAUGUAGAGUUAGAAAUUUUUCGAUUGUGUGGCAAGACCAUAACCAUAAUAAAAGUGGUCCCAAAACCGAUCUUGAGACCAAGACUGAUCUCAAGUUCUAUAACUCUAGCAUUUAUAGAUGCAGUCACAGAUUAUCAGUAGGCAAUGAUUUGUGGAGGUGAAUUUUAGCCCAUGCAGUGAUUUCCUCUUCAGAGACAUGCCUACUUUUAAUCGCACUUCUCUGUUAACUGUAAACCUUAUACUUGUGUACACACCUAACAGUCUCAGUCUGUGAAGAAAGUGGAGCCUGGCACACAGAUUUUGACAUGAGCAGACCAACUUAAUGUCCACAGCUGUUUGUAUGAAUACAGCUGCGCUAUGGCAAAGUCAUUAGUGAUUUCAGGAUAAAGGACUCUAAUCUCUCUAGGGCUGAAUGUGAAUUUUUGGUGGUAAAAAGAAAAAGGCACCAUUUUCCAUUUUUUUUUGACAAGCUUUGUACCUCAGCCAGAGCUGCAGCUGCUGUUCUGGCCAGCUAAUCUAUGUCUGUAUAAUUUUAAUACCACGGCUGGAGGUUGUAUUUGGGUCGUACCUUUUGCCAAUAAAAUUUGUCAAUGGCUGUCAUAGAGCCAUCUUACCCACCAAAAUGAAAGCUAGGGAUGUUAAUAGAAGUUAAUAGAUUUAAAUCCUGACUAGCUGAAUGGUCUCAAGAGAAAACUUAGAAAGCAAUCAAAACUAAGCACUAUUUAUUUAAUGAAGAUAAUGAGCUGAACAGUUGUCUAGAUCAAAAUAUGGCCAAACUAUACCCUGCUACAAGAGGCAAAACACUUGUCUCCAACCUGCCCCUGCUGGCUGCACCCAAUGGUGUGAGAACGGGAUAAGUAAUGGGCGCUUCCCUUGAAUGUGAAUGAUGUGCGUAAUGUUAAAUCUCUUUGACUGGUCAGAAGACUGUAGAAAGUGUUAAACAAACGUAGUCCGUUUGAAAGUGUGGGAAUGGGAGAUGUUCAAGUAAAUGAUGUAUCUGGAGACAGACAGGGGAGUUACCUCCAGGUUUAAUUAUUUAUGACCAAACAUGGCUGAACACGGUAAGGCUCUAUACACAAAAGUUCAGUGUGAUUUCUUUCAGUCAACGACUUGCUUUUACAUGGUCAAGACACAUCCAGAAAGUCCUUGAAUGAAAAGGCCAGUCUUAACAUUGACAACCCCAGGAGAGACCUUAAAAAUGCGACAGGCCAUAAGCUUGUGGUCAUCUGAAACACACAGAGGCAAUAUUCAGAUUUUAAAGCCGAAGUAUGAAAAUAUGAAAAAAAAUAUUGAGGAUCUAAACAAAUCUGACAGGAUGAAUAUGAAGUAUGAACAAUUCAUUCAAAGAUAAUAUUGGUCCAUUUAUAGCAGUAGCUAUGACUGACUAUCUAUCAAUCAAUCAUUCAAAUUUUAUUUAUAUAGCACCAAUUGACAACCGUUGUCAUCCCAAGAUGCUUUCUAAAGAACAAGAGCAGGUCUAGACCAUGCUCAUUGUUUGAUGAAUUAUCAAGAUCCAACCUAAGAUGGGAUUUGGCCCAUCUCAUCUAACAUGAGUAACAGUGGCAAGAAAAACUUCCUUUUAACAGGCAGAAACCUUGAGCAGGACCAGACUCAGGCUAGACAGCCACCAGGCUGGGUUGGGGAGGAAUACAGAGAGAGAGAGAGAGAGAGAGCAAGAUAGAGAGAAGGAGAGAGAGAACAAGUAAGGGAGAAGGAGGGAGAGAAAAUAGAGAACAAGGGUGAGAGAGAGAGACAGGGGACAGCAGCAACAUUAAAACAACAACAACAACAGCUCAUGCAAAGUUGUGGUUGCAGAGCAAGUAAAGAUGAAACAAUAUGAAUUCAAACUAGAGCUACAAAGACUAAAGCUACAAACCUGGUAAGUGGUAGAUGGCUGCACAGCUUGGACACAGCGUAGGAUCGGGGUUUACAAUAAAUGUUAACAGACAUAGGUGUAACUCAUAUUUUACAUAAUUUCUUCUUAAUAUUUACAUUAAAUAUAUAAAACAUGGAGAAAAUUGUUAAACACAGUGUAAAACUAGAUUUUAUGAAAGGUAUAGAUAAUGUUUUGGUUGGAUGUCAGGUUUCUAGUUUUUUCUUUCUCUUUUCAAAGCUUUAAUUUUCUGUAAUGGAGACUCAAGGAGGUAAAGUGAGCUGCUGCUGCUGCUCCUUCACAGUAUCACAGCAGCUGUGUGUUCAUUUUCAAAAGUACAAAUUAACCCUUUACUCUCCUCCUUGUCUUUUCACAUCUUCUCCUCCUCCUCCUCCACACUAUCUCAUGAGAUCCUCUCACCUUACAUCACGACUUUAACAAGCCCCUCCUCCCACAGCAUGAGAGAUUCACAGAGAGACAAUGAAGGAGAAAGAUGACAUCAUGGUUUAAGUCUGCAAUGAAGGCACAUGUGUGAAGGCACUGCAGCAGAAUCCUACACACCACUGAAGAAAGUAAAAUCACACACACACACACAGGCACAAACUCAAACCAAUUCACGCCUGGCUCGGUCAUGCUCCCUCACACCAUUAAAAUCUCACACUCUUUCAGUUUCCCAUGCUUCACCUGAUAAAUUCAGAAUAAGAGAACAGAAAUAGAGCAGACUCUGAAUUUCUCCAAAUUUGAAGUCUGCAGUGACAGAGAGAAGAGGUCAGCCGUUCGACACUGACAAAACUUAGACAUGAGGUAGAAGAUGAAAAAAACAACUAUCGGUUUAUCCCUCUAUACUAAAUCAUGUCUCUAAUUAUGUGGUCUUUCUACCUGAUCUGCAUGUUGCCAUCACCUAGCACUGUGUCCCUGUUGAGCAGAGGUAAUAUGUCAACUUCACCUUUAUGGAUUUAUUCAGCCAUAUGAACUUUUAUUUAUUUUUUUUUUUUGCUUUUAUUUCCCUAUAAUAGAAAGUAAUCCUCAGAUAUUACUUAGAGAUAUCCUUUUAAGGAAAAAAAGACUCAUGCUCAGGUAAGACUGCACAGUCUUUUGUCUGUCUGUUGGCAGUCACUGUGUCAGAUUGGUCAGUCACAGAGCCCUAAAUUCUUGCUGUGACUUCACAAAGCCAUUGGUUUGAAUGUCACAGAGCUUUGCUGCAGCACUGUCGCAGACACACAAUAUGAAUAGGUCUACUGUCGUGUGCUGCAAGGAUGUGCCUGAGCCAGUUAAGUCAGAAACACUUUGUGAAAAAAAAUUGCUGUGAAUCCUCAAACGCAGGCUGGGUCUUUUAUAUGUUUUUACUGCUUACGGUACAGGGCCUUCAUAUGAAGCCUGCUUUAGUAAGAUGUGGGCCUUUAUGUCAAAUUCUCUCUGUCUCUGAGAAUUAUAACUGCCUGUAUUUUACACAUAGUGAGGGUCUUAUUCACAAACUCCUGCCAAAAAGACAUUACAUUAUUUACAAAGCUCAAAGGGAUUAAUGCUCGUGAGUGCCAGUGAUGUUCACAUUAAAGUAAAUGUUACGUAUGUCUUUAUUUAGAGCAGAUGACACCCCUCACUCUCUUUGUGUAAGCCUUACUGCAAAAAACAAAGCAACAAACUCUUAGAGUGACAUUUUUUUAUUUUUUUAUUUUUUUAUUUAAUAUUUUAUAUAACAUACAAACAAAAUAAAACAAAACAAAAACACAAUAAUAGUGAUGGUGGGUACAUAUACAGACAAGACAGAAACAAAAACAGUUAACAGUAUCUUAAAGUAGUGUGUGUAUGCAUGUGAAUGUGUGCACGUGUGUGUAUGACAUUUUUAGUGUUGAUCAUCACACUGAACUUCUGGUGAUUAGGAGAACAGUUCUGAUCUAAAUGACCCAGAAAUAAUAAAUCCAUACGUGAGUCUAUUAACACAAUGUUGACUCUGUUAAAUUAAUUCAAUACAAAUGUUAGGCCAGACAAUGUCUGUCUAUGGAUCAACCACCCACACACAGACUGAGAACAGACUUUUCAGUGUUUGGUUUGUUCUUGUAUUUUUUUUUUUUUUUUACGGUGUGUCCACAUAGGGCCACUGUGGACACAGUACAACAGUUGUUGUAGCUUUAAUGUGGCUGAUGGUGCACAUCAGUGUCCAGGUUGUUGUUGUUGUUUUUUUUUUCCUUAUGAAGUUUAUUCAGUCAAGUGAACCUAAAAUACAUGGUUACAGUGCUCUGAUGAACUCCACAUUGAAAUAAUGACUCAACAUCUUUAUUCAGCUUGACACAAACUGUAAAUGUUUUGAGUUUUAAAUAUUUUCUAGUUUUACCCUGUCUGUGAUUCUACCUGUCAAUACGAUCACCACUGCAGCCAGUUACUAGGGGGAGCUCUAAAUCUUCAGCUUAAUGGUCAGUGAACUCUUAUGUAGUCCUAUUUAAUGUACAGCCUCUGACUGUCACCUGCACAAAAGUGUAAGUUUCAAAAACUUCGGUUACAAUCGUCAACAAGGAGGUGGUGCCGAGUUUUGAGGCUGGACGAGUUAAGACCCACCACAAGAAGAUGAAACAAACUACUCCUGCCCAACCUUCUCAAUUGAGUAGGUUCUUUAUUUAAUUCUGCCUUACAAUACUUUCCAGCAAAGUUCCUCUGAUGAGAUAAACCUUUCUGGAGAAAAAACAAUAUUAUGGUAUCAUUACAGGCAUAAUAAAAUCCCUGUUUUGGAAAUUACUGGGGUGACACUCUGUAGGUUUUCUCCUGUCAUCACAACUAUACAUAGACAAAAUUUGAAAAAAGAAGUUUUGCACCUUUAUUGAAGUAGUGCAAAAGUCUCCCAGGUAAUCAGCAUGCUUUCAUUUAACAUCAAACUAGCCUUGCUUUACAAAUAGCAAUCUUAGAACUUAAUUUUGUCAUCUUUUCUAAACAGAAAUUUUCAGCAAACAACAGAAGUGUGAUUUAUACUGUUUUCAAGUCUUAACACAUUUGGUAUUCUCUCCCACAUGAUAAACUGUUAAAUAUGCAGCCCUGCAGCCAGAAGCUCACUCUGCUGACCUCUAAGCACAGAUACACAGAACAUGUGCACACAGUCCAUCUACAGACACACAGCAAAUUCUUCAUAUGUACCCACAAGCAUACACACUACUAUUUCUACUUGUAUGAUUUUAAAUGAUAAAUGAAUACAACUUACUUGAGACAACAGAGAUAAAAGAAGAUUACAUGUAUGUGCUUAUUGCUUUGAAUUAUGUUUUCAUAUUCAAUAUCAUCAUCUUCAUGCUGCUGAUACUGUCAGGACUACAUCUGAAAAUUACAUCUGAAAUUGUAAUUCACACCAGGAGGAUAUAUCAGAGCAUCAAAUCAGUUUCAGGGAAUAAUUGGAAGUUACUGGUGAUGAUUCUCAUGUACACUUUAAAUCAGAUAUUACCAUGUCUGAAGUAGUCAUUCACUCUCAGUUUUUUUUUUUUUGAAGGGGGUUGGGGGCUCUUUUUUAUCCGUCAAUUCUCCUGUCAUCAGACUGGUUAGUAGGAUUCAGUCCCACUACCUUGAUGAUCAGGUUUAUAAGAUAAGAACUUUAUUCAUUUCCUGAAUCUUUUUUUCCCCCUGUUUUUCCUGUUGCUCUGAAGCUGUCUAAUAACAUAAAGGCAAAAAGCCAAAACAAACAAACAAACAAAAAAACAGCCUGGAAUGUAUUUUGAAAUCAAGACAUGCAUGGAUGUAUUAAGACCUGUAGGGCUCUGGGAUAGAUGUGACACUCCUUCUGCCGAAACUCCCCUUAAACUUACUGAUGAAACAGCAGAGAUCCCUCAGGUAGGUACAGUCCUCGUCAAAACAAACCCUUGUGUUGAUAAAAAGUAGGCUUUAAUGGUAAUGGAGAGUUCAAUGUCUGGACUCUGCUAAUUUGGAAAAGAAGAGGGCAUGUUUGAGAAAAAGUAAUGCAAAGUCAUUUUCUAGUUUGACCCUCUUCUUUCUGCUACAAAGCAAGAGGUAGGCUUUAUGAUUAACAUUACAGCCAACCAUUAGGGGAGCUUUAAAUCUUUUUUUCAUUUGCGUCUUACCUUUCUGGUGUUUUUCCCUCUUUGUUUUCCGUCUCUCUUUUUAGUUGUCCCUGCUGUAAGAUAACUAACAUCAAGUUAUCAAGACUUUUUUUGCGCAGUGAUACAAUUUCAAUCAGCCUGCUAGAGUCUGUUAUUCAUAAAAUCUGUUUUUUUUUUCAUUGGUUUUUGAUUAGAUGGGUUCAAAAGAAAGCUGUUUUUGGUUUCCUGAUAGCUCUAUUUGAACUUGUUGUUUUAAUCCCUCUGUUGGUUACAUCUGUUCAGAAAAGGAUUUUAAUUGUCUCUUGUAACAUCAGUAGAGAAGCUGUUUGAUUUUGGCACAAAUUUCCACUGAAACUUAACGAUGAAAUACUAUUAACUGACUGACUGCUCAGACUGGUAAAGGAUCAGCUGGAGCCUGUUGCUCACACUGAAGGGCUGAGAUCUUCAGGGAAAACAGUCUGUUGUUUUUCUGCUGGAAGAGAGCUCAAGUGUUGUGAGUCCAGUCCAUAUUUUUUAAAAUUAUUUUUAGAAAUCUCAGUACUGAGUAUGAUGCCACCAGGAAGACAACCAGAGAAGGGUUCUCCUCCUCCCCUGAGCUCCACCACAAGUCAGUAUGUUUUUGCUCAUACUAAAGCUCAUGGUUUGAUGACAAUUAGAAGAUGCUUCUCUGUACAGCUCUGUAAUAAAUUUGGUGUUUAGCAAUUGAGAUAAUAUUUAAAAACAGCAAGAGAUUGAGAGAGUGCUCCGGUGUCCAUCUUAAUAAUGACAGGGUCAGUACUUUUUUUAAAAUCAUUUCGCAAAAAAAUUUGUGAAGUAAACAACAGACGCAGGAUAAUUACCCCAGAACAAAAACACCAGAGAAGAGGAGUAGCGUGCACCUCGUCUGCAGAAAAAGUGGCACAUACAUCAUGUAUGAAAAAAACAAAGCUGUAUGAUGCACCAUCUUCUUACUCGAAAAUGCCCAGCAGCAGUUGUAACCACUUCUGACAUCUUGCACUGAUCUGCUGUUGUUGUUGACAGUUGUUGUAUACAGUGUAGAUGAAAAGACCCGUAUCGCCCCCUAGUUUUAAGAAGUGGGACACGUUAACGUCAGUAAUUCGAUUUUCUCAACCGUGUGUUUUUUGGACAAGGACAGAAGUCUGAUUCAGCGAAAAAACUGAAUUAUGAGCCUAGUCUGAUUAAGAUGUGCAUGUAAACGCACUGACUGUUCGGUUGCUAAACUGACCGGCUUGCAGUCCCCAAAUAUUAAAAACAUUUGGCACAUCAUGAUACAAAAAAUAUAACAAAGGAGACUAAGAGAACUGUUAGGUUGUUAAAUCUUAUAUCAAGGAAGAAUGGGACAACGCUUCACUUUCAAAGCUUAUGAAACUGUUUUCCUUGUUUCCCAAACAGCCAGAGUGUUAAAGAUGAGCCGAUGCAACACAACAGUUAACGUGUUAUUGCCCCAACUUUUUUUGAAAUGUGUUUCUAGCAUCAAAUUUAAAAGGAUUGGGUUUUUUCACAAAAUAACAUUUUUCAAUUUCACCAUUAGAUGUGUUGCCUUGCCUACUACGAUUAAAUGUAGGGUUUACAGAAUUACAGAACAAAUCAAAUUCUGUUUUUGUUAUAUUUUUUUAAAACAGCAUUAUUAUCAUUAUUAUUAUUAUUUGUAUAAGGGUAAAGGGAAAAAAGUAAGAUCAGAUUUGUAAAACCUUAUUCUUUUGUCAAGCUGCUGUGCCCAUAAAGGUGGGAAGCUUUGUAAACCUUGACUUUUUUUCCUCAGGGUAAGAGUGGGGGAAAUAUUUUGUUCAUUUAAGAAUUAACCUGCACUUGAGACUAAAAGAAACUUCUGUUGUAGUCUGAAAUAUAGACCUGAUAAAACCACAAACUGGGAGAAAAUAGAUGGGAUUGGUCAUUGGUUGUUUUAAGGGCUUUAUUGUUAGUGUUCAUUACAUGUCUGUCACUAGGUAUUACCUGCCAUUUUCCAGUGAUUUCACUGGCUAUACUGAACACUCAUGUCAGGUUUCCCUCCAAGUAUCGUCUGUGUGAACUCUUAAUCAUUUUGAAAAAAAUCUUGAGGUCUUCACAACUAUUAUUCACUGUAUAUGAAAAUAAAACUCAAAAAUCAGAUUAUAGUGGUUCCACAGAUUAAGUUUUCCUCUGAAUAUUUCCUUCUCCUAGCGAUGAUGUUAUCACAGUGGAAAAAAACCCACCCACUUUUUGGUAAACAAUGUAUUGCACGCUCUGUUAAAUAUACCCCAGUUGGAGGUGGAGAUGACUGUGUAACCUAGCAUGACUUAUCACUUUGCUAGCAUGGUUUACAGCACUUCUUUCUCCUAAAACAUUAUUCCACUUUGUUUAGCAUGUAACAGAUGAAUAUUUUAGAGAUUUUUGUCUCAAUAGAAAAAAACAAAACAAGUACAACACAAAGAACUUUACAAAGAUGAUAGUCUUACCUGAAUCCUUUUUCAGCUGCAGUAUCUUUGACAAUGGUAAGAAAAAAGCACAUGAACACAGACAGUCAUAAAAAAAUACCAUAAUGCAUCUGCAGCACAUAUCACUUAGUUAUUCUGUCUCUACAGCCUUGAGUUGCUUUAACUGGGAGCUGAUUUUGCUGCUCCUGUGGAUGAAAUCAAUACGCCUGGUGCCUCAAAGAUCCUAAUAUGUGAAGUAAAUGGUUUUCAUUUUUAGAGAUAAAAAAAAAACACUUUCAAUACCUUUUUUUUCCUUUUUCACCAGCUGUUUGCAGAAAGCAGAGCAAUAAAUUGACUCUGUUUACCUUUAUUAUGGUUCCUUAUUAGUACCGCUGAUGAAUUCAGGUUUAUGGGGGAAAUGUGGUAUUACAUGCUUCUCACAAUGCCAUACCUGCAAAAUUCUGAAGAACUGGAGUUAGGGAUAGCAAAACAUUCAGAGGGUUUGGAAACCAAGCAAAGUGAGUAUCCAAGAACAGAUCUAUUGUGCAUUUCAGACCUUUGUGAUGCCAGAUUUCGAAUGUGUCAUUAGUCAUUGAAGGAAAAAAAAAAAGACAAUUAUCAGAUGUUGGACUUCAAGGUGAGAAAUUCUGCAGUCCAAAAUGUUGUCUGAGUUUGGCCCAGAUGCACAAGGACUGUUUUACCAUAGGGUCACUGAUGAAAGUGUCAGAAACUAGAGGGAGUCAGGCUCCUAAAGGAGCAGGUGAAGAGGAUGGACUACUAGCAUUGGUCACCAUUGUUACUUAAAGGUGGGGUAGGCAGGAUCUGUGGAAGUGCCAGUUUUUGGGAGAAAUCUUGAAUGUAAACACCACCCCUCCCAACUAGUUUUCCCCUCAGCUCCUCCUCUCCCCUCCCGCUUUGCUCCAGCAAGCCCCGCCCACAAACAUACGUUCCUGCUCAUUCAUACUGCUUCAAUUAAAUUCAGAUAUAAUGCAGAUAAAUACUUCAGAUAACUACAAAUGGGGCCCAGUCAACAUGAAAGUAAAAGCGUUGGUGCUACUAUAGAUGCCAACAGACUACCAGCAAACACAAUGUUUGCAGGACUUCUACAACUAGGAUAAAGUGACAUAGUCCAGGACCCGAGGUCAACAGUUUAGCGGUGUGACAACACGCAGCAGGUCCCGUUUAACAAGAAACACUUUUGUUACAGACACUUGGCUUACUUUGUUACAGGAUCUGUAAGAUCCCGCACAUUGUUUAUGUUGUCUUUAACGGAACCCUGCCCAACCCACCUUUAAGACACUUUUCGAUACCUUUAAGAUGGUACAGCUACUGAUGGGUGCUUUUCGGUACUACUGAAUAAAAAAAAGCAGAGUUUUUGAGACGAAAACAGAUCCCCUGUUAUAUUUUCAACUCAAACUGCUGAGUAAAGGAGACAGAGAGCAUCUCUGACAAAGAUGAAGACAAAGAGCAAAAGUGGUGUCAAGAGGAAAAACACUGUUAUUGUCCUGUUGUCUGACAGAGGUUACACCCUGAAAACACUAACACUUCACCUCUGCACAAAUGUUUUGAGGGAUGCUAGAUUCUGUUUUUUUGAGGCCGUGGUCACACUAUUUUCUCUGGACUCCACCUUCUGCUACAACUAUCACACUAAUGUCUUGUGUGGCAGACAUCAAUGUGCAUGUUUGCUUUCUUGUGACAGUGAAUUCAAACACGCUAUACUUCUGAUUUAACACAACUUGACACACUAAUAGCUUUGUAAGGCAGAGGUGAAAUUAGACGAAGCCACUCUUGAAAAAACUUCUAGGGCUCUAUUUUCGUGCCUCGCCGGAAACGUGCCGCAAGCGCAGCGUCAGUCAGAUCCGCCGCAGUUGUAGACGGGGAGGAGAAAGGGCGUGGAGUGGGUUUAACACAGCCGAGACCUGUUUUUACCAAUCACAUAAGCUCCUCUCCUUGCUUUUAAAUCUGCCACAGGCGAGGCGUAUUACUAUUUUCAUGAAGUAGUCAAAGAGAUCAAGAGAUGUCUUAAGACAGUAAUGCCACAAGAUGGCGACAGAGGGCAGCUCCUCAACAAGUGUCCUCCACACUCUCUCAUAUGAGUACAGAUGGAUUUGGUGUGUGUAAUGUUGGACCCACUGGUAAGACAAACACCCUUUUCCACAAAUAAAGACACUCACAUAAAGUUGCUCAUAUUCAAACCUCACUUGACAAAGGUGGGUUGAGCGCACAAAUCACAACAUAAACUCCAAAAAUGGCAUUAAAAUCGGAACCAUCUGUGUGUAAAUGACGCAUCGCGCUCCGUGGCCUGGCUCUUUCUUUCAUAGAUGUUGGUAUAUAAAAUAAAUUUGGCCCACAAAACUGAAUAUUAUAAUAUCCGUAUAAAGUAGAUAACGCAUCUGAGCACUGAAACAAAUCAUCUGUUCAGCUGCAGCAGCAGCAGGACGGGGAGAGGACACGGAGACAUGUCCAGGUCGAGCUGCGCGAGAAAUAAGAGGAAGAGGAAGAAAGACAAGGAGGGAGACGAAUUACACAUCUUGUUAACUUCAUCAUGUGUGUCUAUUUACUAGAUAUUUAAUUUAAUUUGAUGCGGUUUCAGCUGUGUUGAUUCGGUCAGGUUGUGUGUCCAAAUGCGUGCCAAACGCGCUCAUCAGAUCAGAUAUAGAUCAGAAUAUAUCUAUAUAGAUCUAAAUGUAUGUGCUGACUCAGAUUUAUAGUUGAUGAUGAUUAUUUAUUGCACUGAAAUGUGCCUGACACUGUGGAAACCUGCCAGUGAGGCAUCAGUGACGUAUGUCGACACGCCGCCGGUCUACCAAAAUACUACUAGACCAGCUGCACUCCGCCUUGCGCUGAAAGCUGACCAGGUUUGAAUCGGCGAGCUUUCAGCGCACUUUACACGCCGGUGGCGAGCACGAAAAUGUCACUGCGCCUGCUGAUUCUGUCGACACCUCCCCGCCACGCCACCACGCCCAGCUUGGCGGAUCCGUGCGGCUCAGUCCACGAAAAUACCAAACUGGCCUUACGCCGGGCUCCGCCAGACGAAAAUACAACUGCGCGGGGCUCGCCGCCCUCCGCCGCCUCACCAGCGCGCACGAAAAUAGAGCCCCUAGACUAAAACUGGAGCUGUUGUUCGCCUCUUUGAAUCCUCUCAUUCAUAAACACAUCGAGCUGAGAAGCUCAUUGACCAGUCUGACGCGGGCUUUCACUAACAGGUUCAUGCCAGCAGCUGUGUCGUGUGGUCUGAGGCUACAUGAGGUCCAUUGGUCAUUAUCUCCAGGCUGAAAUCCAUUACUUCCCAAUCCACUCUUCUUCUUCCUCCUCCACACACACUGAUGGAAAGACAUCCUGUGGUAAUGGGACUCUGAGGAGCUGCCUGAGACAUACAGUAACAGCCUAUUUCCAGACCUCUCCUCCCUGUCUGAGUGCUUUCACCCAGCGGAAGUCACUAAUUAUUUUCUCUCUCCUUCUCCAGCCAUCACCUGUGCACUGCUGGAUCUCUAUGUUACUUUAACUUCUUCGGAAUAACUUCAUAUAGGACUGUAAACACUCGUUGUGUUGCGUAAAGUUUGCUAACCUUCAUGUGCACUGUUUUCUGUAAAUGUCAAAGGGUUUGGAGUUGUAUGUCUUCAUUUAUCCACAGUAGCAUGAAAAAAGUCUCCCCACAGAGCCACCAGUGCUGCAAAUAUCUUCCUGCACAGUACUGUAGAGCUCUGUGGAUGUUGUUUGUGUGCAUUCCCACCCCUACCCCCCGACUAAGAGGCAAUAAACGUGGCUCCAUGAUCCAGUCUCUGUUUUUGGUUUCCAUAUGCUCCCUCCUCUCCUCGUGGUGCCGGGCAGAGAGACAGGCAAUGUAAAGCUCCACAGCUGCAUGCCCAGAUUGCAAAAGCAGAUGGAAUUUCAAUGUGAGUGAAAGGCGGCGUGGAGCCCGCGUGCACGGAGCAAAAGAAAUUGAAAUAUGCAUUUCACGUGUCCACAUAUGGAGAAAAGAAGCCAUGCUGUGUUUGUGUGCAUACUUCAGAGAGAAAUGUUGCUGUUAUGAGAGCUAAUAUAACAGACUGAUUAUUUUGUCGUAUUUAUAUUUAUUUCUGUUACUGUCUUUUACGUUGUUUGUUUCACGGAGCCAUACAGUCUAGAUACAACACUUUAUUUUGCACCCCAGCAGGCCAUAACUGAUGCUUUUUUUCCCAUGUCUGUAUGUGUGAAUGUUUGUGUGUGUGUGCGCCCAUGUGUGUUCUUUUUUGUUUUGAUAUCCAGCUUGUGUGCGCACCUUUCUUUUCUAGAGUCCACACUCUCAACUUUCCCUCACCUCCUUCUUCUCCCCGACUUUGUUCAUCCUCACUGUAUGCUGCUUUUGCUCUUCUCUCGCCGACAUCUCUCAUGCAUCCAUCUUUCUCCACCCCACACCCCCCGCUGCUUCGUCUCCUCCACUUCUUGAAUAAUUCAGGCCUGCAGAGCGAGUGUAUUUUUGGUUGUUGUCACCUCUGCAGUAACACAAACACAGCCCCUACUAGAGAGCACAUACACUCACACUUCCACAAACACUCUCACCUGUGCAGCCACAGCUCACACUCGUGCGCAGACACAUGCAAAUUCACACAAAUGAAGCUCCCGACACCAACACAAAGGUGAAAGACACAGAGAGACUAUUGAGAUUUGCUAUGAAGAAUAUUCCUCACAGGGACUUUGCACCAUCACUGUGCUUCAAACUGUCUCUGCUUUGCUGUCCCAGUGAUGAAUAAUAAAGUGUCUCACUUUUCUGUGUCUUUCAGAGUUACUAAAAGUUUGUGCGUAAAGUAGCAAGCAAAAAAAAAUUGAACUUGGAAAGUAGAAACUCCCAGUGCUUGUGUUUGGUUGAUGCCACUGUUGUAUUUUUCCCUUGAGUUUAAUGUUAAGACAGAUUUGAUUCAGAUUUGUUAUUUCAUGAUUACAUGCCUAGUCGAGACAAAGGACAUUUCAAAAGUUAAGACCAAUUUCAAAUCUAUGAACAUUGCUUAAAAACAUUUUAGUUUCUCUGAGUAGCCGGACUCAAGAGUAGGCUAAGACAUCAGAGGAAAAAACUGAAAAAAGAAAAGAAGUAAAAGGUUUUGCCUCAUGUUUCGCCUGGAGAUUUUCUUCUAUGUUGAUUAGAUUGAACAUUUUCUCAGUGCUCUUCUUGGACUGUGUAUUUCUGAAAAUGCACCAUUCCUAAAUUUGAUGAGUUCCUUGUUAAUGUAUCCGUUUCAGCUUCUUCGGCACAUUUUUUACUUUGCUGCUUGUUUAGUUCCUAACUGUUUGUGUAUUUGUGUUGAAUUGUUGUGAGUUUUUGUCAUUGUUUAUCUCCUUUAUGCUCCAGAUUGUACCUCCUUGUAAAAAUGCUGCAGUGAUUUGCUGUUAUCUCUUUACUUUGGCCAUUUGCAGCAGUUUUUAAGCUUUAUUUUCAUUUUGAGUGUGCUUCUACUGACACUAUUUGGUUUGAUUUUUUUGUUUGCAUUUUGGGAAAAGCAAUUUUUGAAGUUGCAGCACUACUCACCGAAUGGAAAAUGUUUUGGAUUGUUGUUUUGCCCGUGUUAAUGACCAAACUAAGCUUUUGCGUGCUACUUAUUAUACUUUCUAGGGUGAAUUAUUUAUGUUUUGCUCUUAUUUAUUUCUCACUGCUCAUAACAUAAAAACCCAACUGUAUUUAACUGGACUCAGACUUUAUCAAAAAAUGUAUAUCAUCUGUGCAUAGUAAAAUAACAACCCUUAUUUAAGUCAAGCAUACUCAUACAGAAGUUUUCUUAAUGUCUACAGCAAGAUAAUGCUUAUAUCACUCCAGGAGUGUUUCAGAAAGAAUAUCCCCUUGUGGUUAAUAUCUGUGGAUCCAAGGAGGUGGUAUUACUUUUUUUUUUUUUUUUUUUAACUCACACAUGCGAUUCAACAUCUUGCACUUGCGUUUUAAUAUAUCAUACAUGCGAUUUAGUAUCUCGUACAUGCGUUUUAUACUUAUCUCGUACAUGCGUUUUAAUUGUAUCUUGUGCAUGCGUUUUUAUAAAAAAUACUCUGUGCGCCUCAUUUGUGAGAGAAGAAGGACAGUGUCAUGGACAGAGAGCAGAUUAUCAACAUUUUCUUUCAUUUAUGUAUGACUCACAAAGAGAUACUUCAUAGCUUAGCCACAUUUGGUAUUGUUUUGAGUAGGAGACAACUUUUUAGGAUCCUUAAAGCACAGCGACUUUGACGUUGGCGAUAUUCAGACUUGCAGGAAGUGGUGUUGUUUAUUAACAUACUGUUAAAUCGCAACUUUUAUAUUAUACAAUGCAUGUGCGAGAUAGUAAAUUGCACGCGAUCAUUUCAUGGAGAACAUCACACAGAACUUCAGCCGUUGCUUUGGGUGGGAUGUAUACAAGUAUUGUUAUAAUGUGACUGAACUCCCUUGUGUAUAUAAGGGUAUAUAACUGAGAACAGCCAUUCAUAAUAAUAAUAUUAAUAAUAUUAAUUACAAUACUACUACUACUGCUAUUACUACUAAUAAUAAGUAAAAUAAAUACCUCAUUGGUUUUCACCACUAGCGAAACCAUCACACAAAGUCACUGAGUCCAUUAUUCAUCUGAAGCUAUAUAUUAAGGCAGCUUCAAACAUCAGAGCAUAUACAGUAUUAUAUUUAAGCCAGAUGCUGUAAGUAUCAGUCCAGCACGAGGCCAUGAGACUUAGAGCUCUCCCUGCUAACUGGCUGUAUUAAAGAUCAUAAACCCCUUCAUCCCUCUGACAACAAAAGGCCUGAGUAUAAAAUUAAAAUACAUGUAAAAUAAAACUUUCUCAGUCCUGCAUAUGCUGGUUCAUAUCCAGGUAUGCAUAUUUUCUGACAAGCUUAGUUUUAAGUAUUUUUUUUAUUUAAGUGUGGAUGUGGCAUCAUGGUUGACAGCUCUGUUGACAAAUGCAGGCUACAGCUGCAGGGGAAUCAAAUCAGCUGCUUCAAUGAGUACUAAAGCCUCUACAUGUGAAUUGUUGAUGACAACACUAGUCCAUCGGCAGUAAACUUGAAAUCUUGAUGUUUUACCCAUUAAUUUAAUUUAUGUUUUGGUUAGCAUACAGGUUUCUGCACAUACUGUGGUUUUAAACCCAAGAAGUGAUUUUUAGCUUCAAAGCUCACAAUGUCCAGAGAGAAAGUGACAUUGUUCAUUCCAAAUGCAGGCAAUUCAUCAGCCAGCUGAAAUGUGAAAUUGUCUCAUGGUGUUUGGUCAACCAAAGUAUUGGGUAUUGGUUGCACUGAUAUCAUAACCUGGUGGAAACAAGCAAAAGGUGAGGAGAUCACUGAAACCAUUAAGAUUCAUCUCAGAGGCCAAAUUUCAGGCUCAUUUAAUAUUCAUGGUGAUAUUUCAGUCUAGACCAAAGUGUCAGACUGUGUGUUUGACUGAUCAACAUUUCCACAGGUCCUCCAAAUGUCACAAUUUACAAAACCAACGUCAUUUUGUUAAUCCUGCUCCAGUAUCAGCCAUGAGGGCAAAACAUUUUGUGAAAAGAAAACCACCCAAACCUCCUUUUUGCAAACUUACUCUAAAUCAUUUCAUGCAUGCUACCACAUCCUCUCUGAAAAUGUGGGACUCAGUGUAUCAUACUGCAUCACAAUUUGUCUCUGGUCCUGGUUUUCGUACACACCACUGUGUUUUAUAUGAGAAAGUUAGUUUGUCUUCCUUACAAAACAGGAGACUGGAGCAUUGGUAAAUCCCUCUCUAUAAUGCCUUACUAAAUGAACUUCCUUUUUAUUUAUGCUCUUUUCCAUCUUUAUGUUGUAUUCUUAAUAAAUCUGUCUGUGGCUGUAAAUUUCAGUCUCAUAGACAAAUUCUGUACCCCUAGACUUGCAGUGUCCUUUGCAAAGUACUUUUUGCACCUUACUCUUGGUCUGAGCUGCAAGGUCACUUGAGACUGGAUCAUUUCAUUAGUCUGGACUCUGAGGGACUUUAAAACUAGAGCUGAGGAUUAUCUGACCCGUGAAUGUGGGUGUUUCACCACUGAAAGUGGAUGAUUUAUUGAUCACUGUAUUUGGUUUCAUUUUUAUUUGUUGUUUCCGCAUGAUGGGUGAAAUUUUUAAAGCUACCUGUCUUGGCCAGGACUCCCUUGAAAAAGAGAUUUUGUAUCUCAACUGUAAUAUUUCUGGUAAAAGUAAAAAAUAAAAUGAAAUAAAUCAAAGCAAUACAAUUGUCUACCCUUAUCAGCAGAGCUGUAAAAUAGAUACCUCUGGUGGUUUGACAUUAAAGGCUACAGUCUGAAGGAGGGUCUCACUUUAAAGAAUUAAACUACAACAGAAACAUUGUUUUCUUGUGAAUUUGUGAACAUGACUACAUGUGACAAUGGCUUGAUUCAUCAACAUCAGGAAAUACUGCACAGUACUUCCACACUCAUGAGAUUGUUUAUCGUACUUUAAACAGAUUCUCGGUGGAAACUAAAAUGUCAUAUUGACUACACACUGAUGACAACAAAGCACUUUGGGUUAACAGGGAUUUAAAGGAAAACAGACAAGUCUUAGAAGAGAAGAAGAGGCAAAGAAGCCUACAGCAGUCCUGUCAGACAGCUGACAGGGAGAAACAUCCAUGAAGAUUGACACCAGUGGUCCUCGGUGCCCGCUGUGCCCGUCAACUUGUGGAACUUUUUUGAGCGUUCAGAGUGGAUGAGACUGAUUUGAACUGGAGCUCCCCUUUUGGUCUCCAGGCUGUCUAAAUGUUAAUAUAUGGCUGUCUGACAUUCUGGUGCUGCAGCCACUGGACUCUGGACCUCCACUGAGGACGACUGGAGAGAGACAAAAGUGCAGCUCUGGGGUUGAUGAGAGAGUCAAAGGACAUGAGGGGUGAGGUAAAGGGAGGAGGUGGGAGAGAGGGAAGCACAGAGAUCAUGAGAAAAAAAUGUCUGACUUUAAGAGUGAUAAUUAGGAUCCUGUGUGCAAUAACACAUGAUUGAGAGAUGGUGCAUUCUGUGGAGGAGCAAUCCCAGGGAGAGGAGGAAUUAUAUAAGUGAUUUGAGAAAGGAAGGAGGGAUAUAGAAGGGAAGAUGGGGUAGAGCGGGCUGGCAUAGCUGCAGGGCUUUGAGGGCUUUGGGAGACUGGAGGAUAAAGAGCUGCCCCAGGCCAGUGGACCAAAGCCAGGGCUCAAACACCUGUGUGUGUGUGUGUGUGUGUGUGUGUGUGUGUGUGUGUGUGUGUGUGUGUGUGUGUGUGUGUGUGUGUGUGUGUGUGUGUGUGUGUGUGUGUGUGGGGCCUGAGUGUACAAGAAGUCCCUCCAGAGAGUCAGCGGUGCACAUCUGUUCACCUGUGCAUUCACACCUUGCCUGAGAUUUACACCAGAGGAGGAAGCGGUCAGGCUGGAGUGGAGGUUUUUUAACUGCAGCAACACCGCUGUCACAUCCUUUUCAACUGAACACUCUUUACGCUCUACUUUUCUCUCUGUCUGGGGCAAACACACAAAAGUUUAUGGUUCUUCAAAGCAGAGCAGGAAACUUUCAUUGGUGCAUUUUCACUACAGUUGGGUUGGAGGCCAGCUGUUUUAUUAGCUUGUGUAGCCUAAAAUGGAUAAAGAUUUUGUCCACAUUGAGACUAACCAAAUAUAAAAAUCAAAAGGACUUUCACAGGGGGCAGGUUGCGCAAGUCUCCUCAAACUUGGAUUUUACAUCAAUAAUCUAAAGCACUUGCCACUAUAUCAUGACUAAAGCUACUUCAGCUAUCUGGCAAAAGAAGUCAGCUACAAAGGCUAGCUCAAGAGAGGUCUCUGUGCCUGUUGCAAGGAAGCAAGGAUGAGGGUGAUGUGGAGGUUUGUCUUUGGCCCUGUUAAUUACAGAAUGGCAGCAUUUUGGGCACAAUGUACAAGAAAUUGUUGUUUUGGAGAUUCAAAAGUAAAGCGAAUUGCAGUCAUCCAGCCUGGAUAAUGAUGUUGCAUAAAUUACUUUUUCUAGGUGAGAGGGUGAGAGGGAAUGCUUGAUUUUGGCUAUGGUUUUAACUUGAUAGAGACUGGGCCUGACAUCUGAAUUUACCUGUGUGUUUAAACCUAAAUUAUGUGCUAGCGAGGCCUUGAUAUCCUGUAGACAGUCGUAAUUGGGUUAUCAUCGGGGUAGAAGUGGAAAGAAAUGAUGUGAAUCCAAAUAGUUAUUACAAAUGGAAUUGUGUAGACCGAAUAGCAGUGGACCUCAAACCACACCCUAGGAAACCUCACAUGUAAAAUUUGCUGGAGUAGUAUGAGUUGCCAUUGGAGAUAGUGAAUUGUUUGUUUGAAAAAAAGGAACAAUACCUCUUAUUAGCCGUUCCAGAAAUGCCAUCAGAGUUUGACAGGUGGCUGAAAAGAACAGACUGAUCCAUCAUGUCAAAGGCCCCCUGAGGUCUAGCAGAAUGAACAUUCAGUAUCCGCAACACGGAGGAGGUCGUUUACAACCCUUAAGAAAGCUGUCUCUGUGCUGUGGAGUAAAAGAUAAAACAAGAGUGUAAGACAAUAUGAUAUGAUUCAACAGGAUAAGGUACCAUACGAUACCUUAUGAUGACAUACAAUACCAUUCAAUAAGAUACAAUAUGAUACAGUAUGAUAUGAUGAUAUGAUACCAAAAAACUUUAUUGUGUCACAAGUGGUACAGUUGUCUUUGGAUAUUCACCCAUGAUGUAGCCAUAAAAAAAUAAACAACAUACCAUAAACAGCAAAAACAUGAUAAAAUACAGUUAGCCUUUGUUAUCUUCAUACAUGUUUCUAUGUGCAUGAAACAGACUAACCCCCAAAUUCCACCUCAUGCAGAACGGCAGUGAAAAUGCUGUCGUUGCUAAUCGUCACUGAUCUGACGAUACUGGUUUCCAUGUAAGUUAAUGUGUCAAAUUCCACCGCCAUCUUUCCGGCCCCCUGCGGUUCAGUGGGCUUUGUUAUUGUAUUGGACUAUAUUGUUAGUCCUCACGAUCCCCACUCGCCCAAAUUCACCACGAAAUUUGCCUCACAAACGCAUCUGGUAGGAUUUGGCAGACGGUGAAAAUCACCGCCAUUCCGCAGCAGUGCCAUUCUGCAUGUGGUGGAGUUUGGGGGUAAAACUAACUCAUAUGGGACUGUUGUCUUAUUUUCACCAUUGACAUUUUGGGCUAUGGCCAGAGAUAUACUUGCUCAUGCACAUGAUGGCUUACAUACAUACCCUUUCUCAGAUUUGCGUGUCAGCUGUGCACAUCCUCAAAUAUUAAUGGCACAUUAGGAGUAGUAUGCACAUGGAGAAUUGGAGCAGUGAAGUAUAGUAGAUGUGACAUAGUUAGUACAGCAGCAGGGACAAAAAUGGAAGAAAUUUUUAAAUAGAUGCUAAAAGACCAAGUCUGUGAUCAUACACAUCUGUACAAUGUGUCAUUGUCUUUUCACAGUAACAAGCAGCCAAAGUAAAGGACAAAAAUAUCUGGGCAGAGAGACAUUCAAGCACAGAGAAAAUGGUGGAAAAAACUGAGUGUAUAGAGUGUCAAAGUUGUGUUCUGUCUAGUGGUCAGCUGGCCAAAAAACUGGUCACUCACUUUGUCACUGAGACCCAGUAUUAACAUACAGUAACAUUAACUUCUGAAAGUUCUGCCAUAUUUCUUGUUUACGUUCUGCUAAUUUGGUAGCUGCACACAGCCUGCGCUCUGGUGUGCAUUCUCGAGGUAUUCUGCAGUGCGAUAUUUGGUGCAUGGUCAGGUUUGUGUAAUGUUGAAGGAGUCUGAAGUCUAUAUCAGCAAGUAACAUAAAUCAGCUAAUGAAGGAUUGUCAAAAAGUCAGUCUCAACCACUUUUUUUCAUGAUUGACUUCAUGCAAAAUAAAAUGAUUUCAAAAAUCUGAUGGUGUUCCAGUCUGUCAGCUCAGAAACCAGUUGAUGAUGUCUCAAUUAUUAAUCCUUACUUAGGCAUUCUUUUAUGUUUUAAAGAAAUAUGACAUCAACUUUUCAUAAUGAUAGUUAUCUGGACAGUUAUCUGCUCAAAUCCCCGACCACAAAAUGCUUGCCAGCAGCUUUUCUCUCUAUUUUAAUCAUUUUUUUACUCUUUAUGUAAGGUACAGCAGACACUGCACUUAAGACAGGCACACAGGCAUUAUACAAUCAUUACACAACUGCCUCUGUGCCCCAGUAUUUAUGUUUUCAUAAACCAGCAAACCUCAUUUAACACCCUACAUGGUGAUCAAGAAACCAAAAACAACAAUGAACAUUUAUGUUGAUCCCCCUUAAAAUUAUUAUAUAAUUCUCAGAUAUUGUUUUCCAUAAUCUUUAACCUUUAUUAAACUGUAAUGAGGAAUUAUUGAAGAGAUUAUCAGGAUAUAUUUUUGUCAGCCUUCCAGGUUUAAGGAUUUAGUGAAAAGAUGAAGCUAUGUAAUGCAUUUUAAAUUUUGAUUUACUUUCUAGCAGCUGCUCCUUUAAUGGAAUAAUUUGUCAUUUUGUGAAAAUAGCUCAGAUGUCAGAAGUUGUAAAGAUGAGAAAAACUACUAUGAAGUUUCAACCUUGAUCAUAAAAUUUAAACCAGCUGCUUGUUUGCGUUGGAAAAUGAACAGAAACAGGACAACGGGAAAACAAAUCAACCUAAAAACAGCUCCUGGGCUAACAAAAUAAUUAAGUACUCAAGAACAUGGAAUUAUUGUUUGACCUCAGAUCAUAGUUUUGCGUAGCAUGACUUCAUUGGGGUCAAAAGUCAAGCUCAGACCACGGUACAUCAGCAGUUCCUGACAUCAGCCCGUAUUAGCUUACAGCUCUGCUGAAUCGCAGAUGUCCCAAGGGGUGUCACAACUGCUGUAGCCUGCUGCAAAACUGCUGCAAACUACUACUACUACUACUACUACUACUACUACAAACUACAGCACACCUCAACUUCCGAUCUUCCUUAUUAUGAGACGUUUAAUAUAACUGGAGUCAUAUGUUUUGUCACUGAUUUCUGUUCUUUGCUGCUGCUCUCCCUGUCCUACCUUUUGUAUGUGCACAUGAAACAGUGUGCUCUGUCCGCCUCAGGCUUUAGCAUUUGAUGUAAGCACAGGUUAGGGUAGGGGGCCCUCAUGAUGGCUUCAUAUCAGAAACAAAUAGAAUUACUUGAUUAAUCUGUGCAUAUUUGAACGCCUGAAUGUUCUGUGUUUAUUCACUUGACUUGGUACAUUCACCUGCCAUCCUUUAGCUCAGGUGGCAGUGUAUUGUCUCACUCUACUUGCCCUCCUUUUUCGACAUAAGAAAACCUCCACUGGUGAGAUGUUGACAUACGUCACCAGGGAAUCUCAAUGCCGAUUGGCUAUUGCUGUGUUAGUGAUUUGCUUGGGUUCAGACAUCACAUCAUGAUUUUACAUUAUUCACACAAUGUAAGUUCCCUCAAUUCACUUAAUUUGUGCGGCCUUAUUUUCAGUUUUUGUGCGACUGGCCAAGAACUUGUGUCUUCACAUAGAAAUUACAUGUUAUUCAUUCAUUCAUGUGUGAACACAACACCGGACAGAGAUGUACUGUCAAACAUAAGAGUGUAUACAAGUUGAUUAUUUAGUUAGACCAAAGUGGACCUGACUUAACUGGAUUAAUUAUGGUGUUGACUAAAGAAAAAUAGAUAGCAAGCUGGAGUUUUUCAACCAUCCUCUAACCUAAAGUCCAACAAAGUUUUUGGGAACCAAAGUGAUGGACCCACUGGCAGACAGGCUGAAACUUUAGCUAGCUUAGCUAGAAGCUUAUCCAUUGAAAUCUAUAGACACUAAACAAGCAUUACUUUGAUUUUGCUGACAAACAUAAAAAGUUUAUCUUGGUGUUUGUGUCUGUGACAGCGGAUGACUGAUGAGACAGAUGGCCCAGAGUUACUGUGAUGUGUCUGGAAGUUUCCACUCACAGGCAGAGUUCAGGCAUCUUUGAGGCUUUGAGCUGAGUCUUUCUUUAUGCCACUUUGUUAGUACACCAUCUCAACCCUGCUGCUCUGUUCCUUUGCUUUUAGUUUUCCAAUGAUUCUCCAGCUGUUGCUUCUUCUCAGGCCUUGCUUUAGACUCAGUAUUGUUUAACCUCCAGCCUGUGUGCAGCCGUCUGUGUAGAGACAUUAAUCACUACAGCAGGUUUGCUUGUUAGCUACUGCAGGUUAAACACUGCUGCAGCACUGAUUCUAUCAGCACAGACUCUAUACAUGGAGAGAUCUGAAGAAACUUACUUUAAUUAGAAUAAUUCAACAUUUUUCUGCUCUGAAGAGUGGACUUCGGGAGUGUGUUACUGUGUGUUUCAGUGUGAUUAUGAGUCUGAAUAAAAUGCAUUAAUUUUUUUGUGGAUUCUUCUCCUUCUCUUUUUUCCCUAUAAAACUAACACACCCACGCAGACACAAACAGGUCCUUUCCAGUAAUCCCCAUCUAACUGGUAUUAUCAGCUCGAGCAGACGUCAUGGAGCAGUUUGAUCAGAGGAGACCAUCUUUAUGAACUCUAACAGCUUCACUGAAUCAAAGUGUUGAUCAAAGAUGGUUUUGUAACUUCGGUUUUAUGCUGUUGGGAGCAUACAGCACAAAUUGGCCAAAUGUUAUCGAACUGGACCCUAUGUUUCUCUAUUUUUUGUCAUUACAGCUUUACAAAUAGCAGAGUGUGUCUUGCUGAGUUUAGUGUUUAUUAGGUGACAUUUGAAACACACAGACCCAUCUCACUACAUGGUCAAACAAACAAACAAACAAAACAGUUCUAACAUGGUCCCAAGAUGUCAAAUGACAUUCUUAAAUAUCAUGUUUUGUUGUUUUUUUUUUUGUUUUUUUUUUUUUUUGGGGGGGGGCAUCAAAUCAUUGUUAAUAAAAUCGGUCAGAAUAUUAUAUUUGCCUCUUUAUUUUUGCAGUGAUUUCUGAUUUAUUUCUCCACUGCUGUAAAAAAUCUAUUCAUUCAACACACGCUGUUUAUUUGCCAUUAUACCUGUUGACUUUGAUGACUUCUAUCUCUCCUGACCAUAUACUGUAUAUACUACGGACAACUUGGUUCUGCCUUCUGCCUGUAUACAGAUUCGAAGCCAAAAAGCUCUCAGUAAUUCCGCGUUUUUUCUCCACUUCCUGAAACCAACAUUGCGCAGUAGUGUUGUACGUAGAGUUGUUGUGAUGACGCUCGGCUCAAACAGCGUAUCCCCCGGGUGCGCUACACAUUCUUCGUAAGCCCAUAGGCUGUAUCAAGUGUCAAUCAUAGAAAACAUGAACCCCCUAAAAACUUUUAAAAAUGGAGUUGUACAGAAAAAAGAGGACUUGAGCACAAACCAGUCUUACAAUAACGACAUGUCAACAUCGCAAGCAUGGGAGUAAAAAAAUAUGUUAUGUGUAAUACAUUUCUAAAGUUUGUCCACAGCCCCAUAAGCUUUGCUGGCAGAGGCGGGAUUUAUGACCUAUACUGCAGCCUGUCACCAGAGGGUGCUGUUCUCGGAGUGGCUUCACCCAGCAAGGAGGCAGACGCUGUCCGUUCUAUAUACAAUCUAUGCUCCUGACUGAUAAAUACUUAUUGUGAUAAAUACUACUUAUUGUUAUUAUCAAUAUUAUGUGUGUGAUUUACAUACAUAUGAAUCCAUGUAGUCUGCCAAUGAAAGUAAGGAAAUAUCUGCAAUUGGAUCUCAGUUAAAAUUCCAGUAUCUUCAUCCUUUUUUGUAGACAUUAUGACUCACACUGAUAUUGAUGUUUAAAGCUACAAUGAGGAGUUUUUUAUAUUUAUGAGAUGGACUCAAGUUCACAGUGAUGCCUGUUUAAAAAGUCUGUUACCUCAAAACACCAUGAAGGACAUUUGGAAAAAGCAUUCUUUACAAAUGUGUUUCCAGAAGUUUUUCAGUGUGGAUCAGAGGAAUAAACUAUGUUUUCAGAAGUAUCCACACAGAACAGGUGGAGACUCAUUCAGCAGUGCUGGUUUUCCAAAUUCAUCAUUGGAAUCAUGAGAAACAGACUGGAUGAUCAGUGGACUUGAAGUUUGCACCUCUUGUGUGUGUCUCCAGUUUGAUGACCUUCAUUAGUUCGACUUGUGUUCUGUUUCCACACCUGUGUCUGAUUACCCUGAGUGUAUUUUGAGUCUGUGAAUAUUCCCUUUUUAUUUAUCGUGUCUCACCUUGCAUACGAAAUUAAUGUGUUACAUUGUGGCUCUUCAUUUCACCUUCACUGUGACUUCUCUGUUUCCCCCUUUGUGUUUUGUUUCUGUGAAUUUUGAACUAAAUGAUGGACAUUUUUUUGAAAGUAGGUUUUUUGCUUUGUCUCAUCAGUCUGUUAUUCACUCAUUCUCAAUUUUUCCCCCAGUCUGCAUUUUCGGUUAUUUAAAACCAAGACAUAUAAAAGCUUGUCCAGUCAGGAAAAAAAACAGAGGGUAUUUUGCCUAAUUCAGUGCCAAAGUCCCAGAAUCUGUUCAUGACUGUCAACUUCUUGAAACGUAAAGGACAGUCCAGUGUAUUCUAAGCUAAAGAAGUUAGUAAAGAAAAUGAUGCGGCGCCUUCUUCAUUAUCAUCAUCCAGUGAACCAGAACAGCUUUUAAUUACAGUCAACAUUUCAAUGCUCCCAGGUCGUUUCAUGAACAACCUACCUGGCUAGAAGGGACAAUUUUACCAGUUUCCUUGUUUUAGAAAGUAUUAAGCUAUUAAAAAAAAGUUCCCCAAAUACAGCAGUUUUUCAUAUUGUCUCAGUCAAUAUUAAGCACAGAGGGGCUCCUGUGUUUUUCUUUUUUUUUAAAUCUUGUCUGUGAUCUUUUUGCUUGUGUAAGGUGUAAAUUUUAACUUGUAUCUGUAGAUGCAGAGACAAACAGCUUUCACAGGCAGUAGUUUUUGGCUGUAAUUUUGAGCUUAUGCAGUGAUUUCUGCAACAGAGUCUUGUCUGUCAUUUUGGAGCAGAGGUUCCUCCAGAUCUUCUGAAUCUUUAAAUCAUAUUUUGUAGUGUAGAUGAUGAAAUCCACCAUUACAUCUUUUCAAUUUGGGGAGCUUUGAUUUGAAAUCGAUGAAUUAACUGUCUAUCCUUUUCAUAGACCUCUCUGGAAUGCCCUUUUUUUAAAACAAGUUCAUGUUGCGUAUCUGCUGUGAAGUAACCUAAUUGGUAAAGACAUAUUCCUCCAUUUUUUUAAAGUAUUUUGUUACCCCUGCCCCAUCUUUUCUGAAAGGCAUUGCUGACACCAAAUUCAACUUGAGCAUCUAUUUUUCACAAAACAACAUUUUUCACUUCAACAUUUGACAUGUUUUUUGUCUUUUUUUUAAAUAGAGGCCUUGAGUAGAUUGCGAAGCAUCUGAACUUCUUUGGCAUGGGUGAUGUAAAACCUGUUCUACCUUUAAUUUUGAGCCAUUAUUUUGAGUGUACACGUCCAGUAUGAGUCCCAUUCUGAUUUAUGAUCUAAUCUACUAUUAUGUCACAUCAUUGAGUACCUUAUCUUCACAGCCUGUCUUGUGUUUUGUGAUGAACCACAGGAUACAGCACAAUGACAUUUAUUUGCAAUUACUGCAUUUUUUUCCCAACUGUGGAGCCAUGGAUUAUAUAACACAAAGACUUUAUAAAAGAUAGGGCUUGAGGAGAGCCGUGGUGAGACCCAGAUGAUGUUCAUAAAGCAGAGCUGCCUCAGAAACAUUUGCACAGACUGUGUUACACAAGGGUUUAUCUUGUUUGGCAGAUUUGGCAGCAAACAGAAGAGCUUAGUUUGUUCUGUGUAAACUCAGCAUCAAGGCUCUUAAUUUUAAUUUCAGACUUGAGAAGAAUGUGUUAAGUUUAUGUGUGAGGAGGCUUUGUGCUCACACAGUUGAGGAACUGAAAAUUGUUUUUAUGACAACUUGUUAAAUGUUGAAUCUCCCCUCUUCUCUCUCUCAGGCCGACUGUCGCUCCAGGGAAUACCUUCGCAUACACUUCCCAACUGCAGAUACAUGA